ACAUAGGAAACAUUGUGUUUUGAUAUCAAGGUAUAGUAGCAUCAGGUUAAAUUAAUUAAUAGGGGACUGACACUUUGUAAUAUUUUGUUUUUAAUCAUCCCUUUACCUAUAUCCCUUUACUUAUAUUUAAUAAUUAUGACUUUUUGAGGAGUAAAAUAUAAAAUUUUAUGUUAAAAUUCGCACUCUUUUUCCCGUAUGUGGGUGCCUCCAUCUUAGUUCCCUAUCAGUUAUUGAAGUAAAUAUAUCUUAUGCACCUGGUAGUCAUCAUAAAGCAAGCAUACAGAGAAGAGGCUAAAUGAAUCAAUGUAUCUAUUUCUCCUCCUCAUCUGCAAUGAUUGCCCUGGCUGUGCCUUGUCUGAACUGGAUUAUGAUGUAAUUUUCUAGAUCUUUAAUAAAAAUUUAAAAGAAAAUGCAUCAUAAAAUAAAAUAAAAAUGUAAUUAAUGAAUACAAGUUAGAGGUCAUUUUCAAACUUUUUAUUCAAUGGUGCAGUGCGCUUUUUAAAGAAAGGAAUAUUUUACAGGACUGCUAAAUAAAGGGAUAGUUCCCCCUUCCUGGGCCCUGUUGACAGUAGUGAUAAACACAAAUAAAUAGCAUUUAAAGUGAAUUCAGAAACUCUAAAUUUACCAUAUGUGUAAUUAAUUCUAUAUUUUACAGCAUAUACUACUUUGUAUACCUCUUAGCCCAGUUCCUAGAGGCCUCCAAAUAUUGACGAUUUAAGGCCAACCCUGUUUUGUUCCAUUAGAGAUAUUUAAGAAAUGAUUUUUAUUAUCGGUAUUUAUAAAGUGCCAACGUAUUCUGCAGCGCUGUACAAAAAUACAGAGCUAACACACAGUACAAUAUAGAUACACAAUCCAACAGAGAAGGAAUAGAGGAUCCUGCCCUUAAGCUGAGAUCUAACAUUUAAAGCCCAUUUAUACAAAGUACACAGCUAAAUAGAUUGUAAGCUUACAAUCUAAAGGGAUCAAAUUAUUAAACUGCGAAAAGUUCUAAAUUACCUGAAAUGCGACCGAUAAUAACUCACUUGCUUUGCAAUACUUAUGGGCACGCCUCUGUCAUUCAAAGAGUUAAAGAGUGUUAGGUGAGCUAUGAAAAGUCCAAAGAUCAUAUAGGGUGUGUGUUGUAGAACAGAUAGGAAGACAGUCUGGGUGGGGCAGAUAUGCAUUAGGAGCAGGAUGUAGUGUACAGUCAGUGCAGUUGUAAAGUCUAUAUGGGUGCAGGAUGCAACCCUCUUACCUGUUCAGGAGUAAAACUGUGAACCUCAGAGCUCUCCUAUGUCUUUCAGGACACGGGAAAGGUCUGAUUUAGCUUUCACAGGAUACUAAAAGCAAAGAAGGAGGACAGCCAAUAGGGAAUGGCUUUCCUCCCCUCCUAGGCUUCCCUCCCGCUUGGGAUUUGGCCAUACAAGGCAAAGGAAUUUGAGGAGGAUGUCAGAUCUCUGGGAUACACAUAUCCAGACCCAAAUGCAGGAUAUUCUGCCUUAUAUAGCUCUUAGGCCCACUGCCUGUCGAUUUAAAGGGCACCCUCUAUACAAGGCUGUAUACACUGGGGAGCACUGACAGCCAGCCAUAUAAGGGGUUACUGCUUGUAUACGCUGGAGAAGGGUAAGUUGUACACAGCAGGAGAAAGAAAGAGCCAGCGGUUGAAACAGCUGGUGGAUUCUAGAGAACCAGCAGCUGAUUUAAAAAGACGUUACUAUACAAGUAGUGUUUAAAGUGAAAUGUAUGUGUUAAUCUCUGCUAUUUAUGGAGACCCACAGCAAAUUACAGAAACAGACAGUGAUGUAAGGCUAUAUACAGUUGUAUGGACUAUACCAGGCAUAGGCAACCUUCGGCACUCCAGAUGUUUUGGACUACACCUCCCGUGAUGCUUUGCCAGCAUUAUAGGUGUAAGAGCAUUAUGGGGGAUGUAGUCCACAUCAUCUGGAGUGCCAAACGUUGCCUAUCCCUGGACUGAUAAUUCCUCUGUACACUGCUCCACUGGCAAUCAAAACCCAAUGUCAAUAAGACCACACUUGUUCAGUGAAGCAGGUUUGUAACAUAAAGUUCAACUGCCUUCCACCUGCUAAAGAAGUGUCUGCCACAAUAUUACCAGUUUAACCCCGUCAUGUUAGUCUCGAUGGGUGCACUUUAAUAAGAUAACUACGAGGGAUGCCCCAACAAAAUAUGAAUAACACUCAAAUGUACAGCAAAAUAAAAAAAAUGAAACGUGACAGAACACCGUUGAAGGCGAAUUUUUUCAAAAAAAUCUUAGAAAGAAUCGUAAACGAAUCGUGUUCAGUUUAGUGAUUUAAAAAAGUUAAUGUGUUAUGUUGCAUUUACACUUUUUUAAUCACUAAAAUGUAUAUAUUUAGACUGGAUUGUCCCUCUGUCUAUCUAUCGAACAUACACAGAGGAAGUGUAGACAGGAUUAUGUUACAUACAUCCCCAUUACACACCCUUGUGCUGACAUGUUUGCGUAGGGUAGUGAGCACAAAGGGCGCUAUGUAUAAAGAGGGAUUCUGGGGCAAAAUUCUAAAAGUAGCGCCUUCAGGGGGGACAUUCCAUUGGUCUCCAUGGUGAUAGCUCCACUUUAGAACUUUGCCCCAGAUUUACUCUUUACAAUUAACCCCCAUGAUUCCCAUAGUGGAACCUUACAGCGUGAGAAUGGGAUUGUGCAGAAUUUUGCAGAACUGAACUGAAACAUUUAAACCGCCAAUCUUAUAAAAUAAGAUUUUGUGGGCUUUAGAGCGUAUAGUUAUAAUGCUCAGUCUGUAUCAGUGUGUUUCCCCCCCUAUUCCUUAAUUCACUGCUGAGCUGAGCUGUUUAUAAAUUACACAAGUUCCUACGUGACAUGCUGGUACAUCUGGAAAUACCUGAUUGAUUGAUUGAUUGAUUGACUGAUUACCUAAGCCCCCUAUCUCUUACCUGUGUCUCUGUGUAUUCCUUCCGGUAAGGACAGUGCAGUGGGAGGGUUCUCGGUGAGAUCACCUGUGACAGGCAAAGGGAGGAACACAGGAAGGUGCAGGACAAAGUGUAAGGAUCGUUUACAGGUAAGUCUAUAUACCCAUAGGGACUCAAGGUGGGGCAGUGGGCAUUUAUGGUGCUUUAACCAUUUCUGUGCUGUACAAGUCCACAAUUAGUUUCACUUCUACUGUGUGACUACAGGUAUACCUAGCAUAUAAAAAUGACCUAACAGUUCCUAUAUUUAUUGAUGAUUGCACACAGACAGUCCUGGCUUACUAUCUAAUGUACAGCCACCUCACAGCUGCAGAUUAUCAGGACGGGCUCAGGCAGUGCUGGGGUUAAAGCUAAUGUAUAGCGACCCCUUGACUGCAGAUUAUCAGGACAGACUCAGACAGUGCUGGGUAUAUAUCUCAUGUACAGCGACCCCCUGACUGCCAAUUAUCAGGACAGGCUCAGACAGUGCUGGGUUUAUAUCUAAUGUACAGCGACCCCUGACUGCCAAUUAUCAGGACAGGCUCAGACAGUGCUGGGUUUAUAUCUAAUGUACAGCGACCCCCUGACUGCCAAUUAUCAGGACAGGCUCAGACAGUGCUGGGUUUAUAUCUAAUGUACAGCGACCCCUGACUGCCAAUUAUCAGGACAGGCUCAGACAGUGCUGGGUUUAUAUCUAAUGUACAGCGACCCCCUGACUGCCAAUUAUCAGGACAGGCUCAGACAGUGCUGGGUUUAUAUCUAAUGUACAGCGACCCCUGACUGCCAAUUAUCAGGACAGGCAGACUGUGCUUGGUUUGUUUCUAAUGUACAGUGACCUCCUGACUGUAGAUUUUCAGGACAAGCUCUGACAGUGCUGGGUUUUUAUCUAAGCAGCGACCCUCUGACUGCAGAAUUAUCAGGACAGGCUCAGACAGUGAUGGGUUCGUAUCUAAUGUACACUGUUUCCCUGACUGCAGAUUAUUAGAACAGGCUCAGACAGCGCUGGGUUUAUAUCUAAUGUAUAGCGACCCCCUGACUGCAGAUUAUCAGGAUAGGCUCAGACAGUAUUGGGUUUAUAUCUAAACAGUGGCCCUCUGCAGCACAGUUAUCAGGACAGGCAGACUGUGCUUGGUUUGUUUCUAUUGUACAGUGACCCCCUGACUGCAGAUUGUCAGGACAGGCUCAGACAGUACUGGGUUUAUGUCUUAUCAGCACCCUCCUGACCGCGGAUUGUCAGAACAGGUUCCGACUGAGCUGGGUUUAUAUCUAAUGUACCGAGACCCCUGCCCUGACUACUUAAUUUCAGGACAGGUUCAGAUAGUGCUGUUUUUGUUUUUUUGUGAAUAUCUGUUUAUUUCGACAAGAGAAUCUGCUGUCAUUUUCCUUUUUUCUUUUUUGUGUCGAAUACAACAUAUAACAGAGUAGUGCAAGACACGCAGGUCUGUAUCAGUUAAAUGUGAAACUGUGGAACUCGCAGGUUCCGUGAACAUCUAACCAACAUGUGAGACAUGCAGGCCUCAAUUUUCCUUGAGACAGUGCUAGUUUUAUAUCUAAUGUACAGAGACUCCCUGACUGUAGAUUAUCAGGACAGGCUCAGACAGUGCUGGGUUUAUAUCUAAUGUACAGAGUAUCCCUGACUAUAGAUUAUCAGGACAGGCUCAGACAGUGCUCGUUUUAUAUCUAAUGUACAGAAUAUCCCUGACUAUAGAUUAUCAGGACAGGCUCAGACAGUGCUCGUUUUAUAUCUAAUGUACAGAGUAUCCCUGACUAUAGAUUAUCAGGACAGGCUCAGACAGUGCUCGUUUUAUAUCUAAUGUACAGAAUAUCCCUGACUAUAGAUUAUCAGGACAGGCUCAGACAGUGCUCGUUUUAUAUCUAAUGUACAGAGUAUCCCUGACUAUAGAUUAUCAGGACAGGCUCAGACAGUGCUCGUUUUAUAUCUAAUGUACAGAAUAUCCCUGACUAUAGAUUAUCAGGACAGGCUCAGACAGUGCUGGGUUUAUAUCUAAUGUACAGAGUAUCCCUGACUAUAGAUUAUCAGGACAGGCUCAGACAGUGCUCGUUUUAUAUCUAAUGUACAGAAUAUCCCUGACUAUAGAUUAUCAGGACAGGCUCAGACGGUGAUAAUUUGUAUCUAAUGUACAGAACCUUCAUGACUAUAGAUGGACUGGCUGAGUCAAUGUGGGUGUUGUACAUAAAAUCUAGUGAGUGUCAGACAGCAGGUUAUUAGGACAGGACAAAUUAGUGAGACGAAGUUUGGAAUUUAGGGACAGAAGUCAAGUAGCGAAAAAAGCUGUGAUAGAUCAUUGUGUGAUAGAAACGGAAUGUUAUAAAUAAAAUGAUUGAGCAUGGGGCAGAGUAUUGUAAGUUUGUCAUUUCUUCCAUUAUCUACCUUUUACAAUAAGAGAGCACUGCACUCAUAUAGAGCUAGGCCAACCUAUAAUUCUUCUGUAAACCAGAAGUCUUCAGGGUCCAGUGUGAGUCCCCUGAUUAAACCACCCUUAGUGGUGAGUGAAGGAGGGGGUAGUGCAGUAAUGAGGUGUCCAUUCAUCACAUGAAGGCUAAACAAGUCACUGCAGAUGUUUGUGACCUACCUUAAACUAUCUUCUGGCAAAGCAUGAGAAGAAGUGCACUUUGCAAACAUCUGCAGUACCAAGAAGUUCCAUCUCUGCCAUUUAAAUAAACAGGAACAAAAUGUACUCUUGGAAAUCAGUCUAAAUCUUAAACCCUUGUUGUGAUUCUAAGUGAAUUUCAAAUUUAAAGGAACGUUCCAGGCACCAUAACAACUUUAUUGCAUGGACAGGCUAUAGACACCAGAACCACUAUAGUAAGCUGUAGUAGGUUUGGUGACUAUAGUGUCCUUUUAACCCACUAAUGGUUAAACCCCACAAUCUUGAAUCCAGGGACCUCCUGGCGCCAUAACUAUUUCAUUUUAACUAAGAUGUUAUGGUGCCAAGAGUAUUGCUUUAAAGCCAAAAAAAUCUGAACUGGAAAAAUUCUCCCUAGUCUGUUAUGCUUAAAGUUUGGCUUUUUUUGGUCUAAAAUGAAAAAUUAACUGUGAAUUCUCACGUUGGUGAAUAACACUGUUCGUAGGUACAGUUUGCACAGUUGUAAAUAAAAUGAUCAAUAUAAUAAUAAACGAUUAUAAAGUUAUCGUAGUCAUUACAGAUAUUUAAUGAAAAGCCAUGUAUACAGAAGAAUAUCCAUAUUUUUCAUAUUUCCACAAAGCUUAAAUAACCAACCCACAAUUUGUUGACUUUUUAUUAAAUAUUAGUGCAGCACAGGCUUUGCUGGAAUAAACAAUCACGCACUAACCUUAAAGGAUCACUAUAGUGUCAGGAAAACAAAUCGGUUUUCCUGACACUAUAGUACCCUGAGGGUGAGGGCACCGUCAGGGUCCCCCAUUGUAAUUUAUGUCCCCCACCCACCACGCAAGGGUGGGGGCCGGGGGGAGGACAGUAGGUCCCCCCUCAUUAUCUUUAUGGCCCCCGUCCGCCGCCCAGGGGUGGGGGCCGGGGGGGAGGACAGUAGGUCCCCCCCCAUUAUCUUUAUGGCCCCCACCCACCACUCAAGGGUGGGGGCCGGGGGGGAGGACAGUAGGUCCCCCAUUGUAAUUUAUGGCCCCCAACUACCACGCAGGGGUGGGGGCCGGGGGGAGGACAGUAGGUCCCCCCCCUCAUUAUCUUUAUGGCCCCGGUCUGCCGCCCAGGAGUGGAGGCCAGGGGGGGAGGACAGUAGGUCCCCCCCCCCAUUAUCUUUAUGGCCCCCACCCACCGCUCCAGGGUGGGGCCCAAGGGGGAGGACAGUAGGUCCCCCCCAUUGUAAUUUAUGGCCCCCACCCGUCGCACAGGGGUGGUAGCAAUAGGUUUUUUUAGUUUUUUUUUUUACAGUGAGCAGCCACAGGCUGCUCACUGCUUAGUAGACAUGCCCCUACUCGUGGUAUAGCGAGUAGGGGCUGAAUUUACUAAUACUAAGUAAUCUUUACUUAGUAUUAGUAAAUGUGGCUGAAAGACCAAUUUAGGUCUUUCAGCCUUUUAGUAGAUAUUUCUCCCCCCCUCCCUGUCAAUUUAUUUCUCCCCGCCUCCCUGUCAAUUUAUUUUCCCCCCCCAUCAAUUUAUUUCUCCCCCCAUCAAUUCUCUGUCAAUUUCUUUUUCCCCCUCCUGUCGCUGUUGUAGCGGUUGAGCUCUGGUCCACGGCAGGAGUUUUGUUUCCUGUACCGGACUAAAAGGAAGUGCACACUCAGAGUGCACUUCCUGUUAGUCCGGCCGGGUACAGGAGACAGAUGCUCCCUGUACCCGCGGACCAUACGCGGGUCGGCCACGCUACAGUGAGUGAGUGACAGGAGGGAGUGCUGAGCACUUCCCUCCUGUCAGCCCCUCUUCUCAUGCUGCGCCCGGGCGGUGCGCCCUCAUGGACGCACCAGCCCGGGCAAAGCUGCAGCCGCCUGAGGCUCUCUACAGAACGCUUGGGCGGCUGCAGCAUGAGGGGGGCCGGCACUCCUGGCAGCGCCCCUUCCCAACAGGUAGCGCCGGCCCUGGGGUUAAGGCAGUGCUGGAAUAUAAUGGUGGCCACACAGAAUAUUGACACUUUUGGCCCAAUUUGGACAUUUCCACUUAGAGGUGUGCUCACUUUUGUUGCCAAUGGUUUAGACAUUAAUGGCUGUGUAUUGAGUUAUUUUGAGGGGACAGCAAAUUUACACUGUUAUACAGGCUGUACACUUACUACUUUACAUUGUAGCAGAGUGCCAUUUCUUCAGUGUUGUCACAUGAAAAGAUAUAAUAAAAUAUUUACAAAAAUAUGAGGUGUAUGUGAGAUACUGUGUGUGUGUGUGUGUGUGUGUGUGUGUGUAUAUAUAUAUAUAUACACACAUACACAUAUAUAUGUAUACUGUGUGUGUGUGUGUGUGUGUGUGUGUAUACACACAUACACACAGUAUAUAGCAAACCAAAUCACAUUUCAGUUCAGUUCAAUCCUGGCACAGCCAGGCACAAAAUGCAAAUGAGGAGCAGAACAGAAUUCUCAGUUUAGCGAAUAGCCCUGAUUGUUUCUCCUCUUCACCCAACUAUUUUCAUGUCAGAAAAUUAGCAACAUUUAGAGCAAUAAUUGACUGGGAGUAAAGAUAAAAGUAUCCAGUUUCAGGAUAGUCAUGUGAAUUUCUUUGAAUUUUUUCUUUCAGCCUUCACAAAACAUAAGAUCAACAACACAAAAAUCCUUUCCUUUAAAUGUUCAUCCUGUCUACAAGCACAGCUCUUUACCCACAGCAGAUUAGGUAAGAGGGUUUAUUACAUUAUUAAACAGAUUAUAUUAAUUAUCUUUUUUCUUAAUCAUCUGAAAGCAGAUUACAGAGAGACAAAAACAUCUACAACACAAAAAUCAUGACAUACUGCUUUGCCAUUGGUAGAAACGUCAAUGCAUUGCGAGAUGAGAGAAGCUGCUUUACUGUUACUCUUAAAGGAUUUUACUUACAUUAUUAUCCCUCGAAGAUCUGGCCUCCAGGCUGCUGCUCUACCUGCUUGGCUGACAUUAUCACCCUUGAUGAUCUCAGCCAAUCUAAUGCUUACUCAUAGGGUAGCAUUGGGAGGCUAGUGUGGAAAAUCACUGCGUUGAUCCAAUCAGCAUAUCCCAAAUCAAUGCAUCUCUAGGAGGGCCGUUCAGAGACUGAAAGUGGGGCCUGCAAAGAUUGUAGGACCUUGUCCAGGAAGUAACCUCUAGUGACCGUCUGAGUGACAGCCACUAAACGUGGACUUAGGCAGCAAUGUAAACACUGCCUUUUCUCUGAAAAGACAGGAUUUAUAAUGAUCAGCCUGCAGUGACAGUCUAUAGACACCAGAACCACUACAUUAAGCUGCAGUGGUUCUGGUGACUAUAAUGUCCCUUUAAGAAAGCUUUAAACCAGCAGACUUUGUAAGAGGGUGACUGGGAGGAUAUCGGGGAGGAUGCAGCUAAAAACCUCCAUUUGUGUAACACUUUAGGAGCACAACCCCCGGCAAACAAUGUCAAAUGGGAAAGUCCCCCACAGAAAAAUGUUGUAGAGGCUGUGGCCACAAAGAUACUUAUGUUCACAUGUGGUGGAUAUGUCCAAAGCUAUUGGAAUUUGAUGCGGGGGUUAUUAAAAAACGUGUUGAAAAGACACAUACAUAUAGAUCCUUGGUCAUUGUUAUAGGCCAAACCUACUGAGGGCUUGAACUCACAGAAACAAAAGCUGCUGAAUAAAAUCACUCUGGCAGCAAGACAUACCUUAGCCCAAAUAUGGCUUCAGUUGGAAACACCCGAGAUUGACAGUGUCAUUUAAAAAAAAAUCAAAGACAAUUAUUUGAUUGGCAAAUUAACGGCUCAAAUACGGAAUACAGAGUCUACAUUUACUAAUUCACUAAUGUCUGGCAACCCUGGAAAGACUAUAUAUAGAUCAAUAACCCUUAGAUAGGACAAUUAGGAUCCUAAACGUAGCGAAACAGAUGAUCCCCCAGUACUGGAAAAGCAAAGAAACACCCACACUAGACAAAUGGUUCACCCAGAUAGAGGACUUAAAGGAACACUAAAGGGCCAGGAACACAAACAUGUAUUCCUGACCCUUUAGUGUUAAAACCACCAUCUACCCCCCUGGUCCCCUCAUGUCUCCCUAAAUAUAGCAAAAUCUUACUUGUAUUCAAGCCUGAAGCUGUAACUCUGCAUGCUGUUUGCCUCAGAAAAGCAAGCUGACGGCUGACAUCAUCAGAAGUGGUGGCCUGAUCCAAUCACAGUGCUUCUCCAUAGGAUUGGCUGAAACUGACAAGGAGGCAGAUCAGGGGCAGAACCAGCACAAUUCAAACACAGCCCUGGCCAAUCAGCAUCUCCUCAUAGAGAUGAAUUAAAUUAAUGAAUCUCUAUGAGGAAAGUUCAGUGUCUCCAUGCAGAGGGAGGAGACACUGAAUGUUUGGAUGCAUUUUAGGCAGCCUUGACCCAGGAAGGUUCUCUAACAGCUAUCUAAGAAGUGGCCAGUGAAGGCUGUAAUGUAAACAUUGCAUUUUCUCUGAAAAGACAGUGUUUACAGCAAAAAGCCUGAAGGGAAUGAUUCUACUCACCAGAACAAAUUCAGUAAGCUGUAGUUGUUCUGGUGACUAUAGUGUCCCUUUAAGGGCUAUAGAGGACCUACACAUGAAGUCAACCGAUAAGUCUCAAUAAUAUCUAGACAUAUGGGCACACUGGCUACUAAGCACAGCAGGGGGAAGAUUUGCUAACAAAAUCCAGUGAGUCGUCACUCCUAGCAUUCCAUCCGAAUGGAGUAAACCCCCAAACAUAGUGCAAGCCAUGACAGAGGCCUGCUUCCCCCCUUCCUCCUUACCCCCCCAUAUUCUUCUCCCCUGCCCACCCUCCCCCACCUCUCUUUUCACAUAGUCUCAUGCUCGACAUCCACCAGACAGACACACAAUAUACGAGAUAGAUAAAUGAUUGCACACCAUUCAUGUAUAUAGGAAUUACUGAAAUGUUUAAAUGUGCGUUUCCCUUCGAGGGACCUGCGAGUCCUUUUCAGGUUACGAUAGAUCGCAAAAUAGAGACCUGCGCGUCUCAUCUAAUGAUAUGCAUGAGUCUGAUCCGAGACCUGCGUGUCUCAUAUGACAGUAUUUACCAUACUUAAUUUACACGUUAUAAAGACCGGAAACUGGGAGUCUCACCACUGUUUGACACCAUACAAUAUAACAUGCAAAAUAAACACAAUAAAAAUAUAUUUACAAAAAAAACUGCUUAGAUAGGACCCUGGGAUGGAGCGCAUGGACCCUACCUUUCUCCCUACCCCACACCCACCCCUUUUUUGGGGGGAGGUGGGGUUGGGAUUUAAUUCGGGAUGUAUACAUUUUAUGUUUUAUGUUUGAAAUAUUGUUAAAAUUAAAAGCUCAGAGUAAGGAGACAACAAAACGAAUGACGAGUGAUCCAUGUAGCAUAGCAGCGUUUUAUCAGUAACAAUUGUAGAAGGCAAUUAAGAUUGAAUGUCUAGCAACUAUAGCGCAUUAUAAAGCUCCUGAGAUUUUUUUUAUACCUUAUUUCAAAACACGAUGUAUGAAGAUGUUCCUAAACUUUAUCACAUGCUCUUGAUUGCAUACCUGUCCACUUGUACUCUUAAAUAAAUAAUUUAAAAAAAAAAAAAAAGUUUUAAAACAAAUAGCUUUCAAUGUAAAUCUUUUCCUAGCAAUUUGGACAGCACAACAUGCAAAUGUGAAGCAAAUUAUUUUCCUUAAGUAACAAGGCCUAUUAUCAUUUGUUGACAAAUGACAACAGAAUGUAGUACAGUCAUGCUGAGACAGAUACAUUUGGAAAGGCUUAUGUGAUAAAUAAUUAGUUGUGUGAUUCUUCCCCCCGAACCCAACUGUUUUGGCCUAUACAGGGAGUGCAGAAUUAUUAGGCAAGUUGUAUUUUUGAGGAUUAAUUUUAUUAUUGAACAACAACCAUGUUCUCAAUGAACCCAAAAAACUCAUUAAUAUCAAAGCUGAAUAUUUUUGGAAGUAGUUUUUAGUUUGUUUUUAGUUAUAGCUAUGUUAGGGGGAUAUCUGUGUGUGCAGGUGACUAUUACUGUGCAUAAUUAUUAGGCAACUUAACAAAAAACAAAUAUAUACCCAUUUCAAUUAUUUAUUAUUACCAGUGAAACCAAUAUAACAUCUCAACAUUCACAAAUAUACAUUUCUGACAUUCAAAAACAAAACAAAAACAAAUCAGUGACCAAUAUAGCCACCUUUCUUUGCAAGGACACUCAAAAGCCUGCCAUCCAUGGAUUCUGUCAGUGUUUUGAUCUGUUCACCAUCAACAUUGCGUGCAGCAGCAACCACAGCCUCCCAGACACUGUUCAGAGAGGUGUACUGUUUUCCCUCCUUGUAAAUCUCACAUUUGAUGAUGGACCACAGGUUCUCAAUGGGGUUCAGAUCAGGUGAACAAGGAGGCCAUGUCAUUAGAUUUUCUUCUUUAUACCCUUUCUUGCCAGCCACGCUGUGGAGUACUUGGACGCGUGUGAUGGAGCAUUGUCCUGCAUGAAAAUCAUGUUUUUCUUGAAGGAUGCAGACUUCUUCCUGUACCACUGCUUGAAGAAGGUGUCUUCCAGGAACUGGCAGUAGGACUGGGAGUUGAGCUUGACUCCAUCCUCAACCCGAAAAGGCCCCACAAGCUCAUCUUUGAUGAUACCAGCCCAAACCAGUACUCCACCUCCACCUUGCUGGCGUCUGAGUCGGACUGGAGCUCUCUGCCCUUUACCAAUCCAGCCACGGGCCCAUCCAUCUGGCCCAUCAAGACUCACUCUCAUUUCAUCAGUCCAUAAAACCUUAGAAAAAUCAGUCUUGAGAUAUUUCUUGGCCCAGUCUUGACGUUUCAGCUUGUGUGUCUUGUUCAGUGGUGGUCGUCUUUCAGCCUUUCUUACCUUGGCCAUGUCUCUGAGUAUUGCACACCUUGUGCUUUUGGGCACUCCAGUGAUGUUGCAGCUCUGAAAUAUGGCCAAACUGGUGGCAAGUGGCAUUGUGGCAGCUGCACGCUUGACUUUUCUCAGUUCAUGGGCAGUUAUUUUGCGCCUUGGUUUUUCCACACGCUUCUUGCGACCCUGUUGACUAUUUUGAAUGAAACGCUUGAUUGUUCGAUGAUCACGCUUCAGAAGCUUUGCAAUUUUAAGAGUGCUGCAUCCCUCUGCAAGAUAUCUCACUAUUUUUGACUUUUCUGAGCCUUUCAAGUCCUUCUUUUGACCCAUUUUGCCAAAGGAAAGGAAGUUGCCUAAUAAUUAUGCACACCUGAUAUAGGGUGUUGAUGUCAUUAGACCACACCCCUUCUCAUUACAGAGAUGCACAUCACCUAAUAUGCUUAAUUGGUAGUAGGCUUUCGAGCCUAUACAGCUUGGAGUAAGACAACAUGCAUAAAGAGGAUGAUGUGGUCAAAAUACUCAUUUGCCUAAUAAUUCUGCACUCCCUGUAGUCAGUUCCAACUUCCAAAUAGCCAAAAUAUACUUUCUAACGUGUUUAUUGAAUAAACCCUACGUACUUCUAUAGAAAUAUCCCAGAAAGCCUUAAAAUGGAAGGCCUCGACUCUAAGCAGCUUUACUUUUCCCAUUGACAAGGGUUUUGUUUUUUUUAAAUUUAAUCUCUGUAGUUUUUAUUGAUCGUUUUAUCACAGUUGCAUUAGAGUAUGAUGAUUUUUGGGCCUAAGAAAAAAUAAAAAAUAAAAGCUCUGCAAGGAAGGCAUCUAUCUUCUACAACAUGGGUAGACAACCUACGGCACUCCAAAUUACUACAUCUACCCUGAUGCUUUGCCAGCAUUUGCCAGCACCAAUCUAGUCUGCCCAAUUUUUUUGAAAUACUUGUAUUAGUCCCUGGUCUUAUCUUAUAGUUAGGAUAGCCUUAUGCAUAUCCCACACAUGCUUAAACUCCUUCACUAUGUUAACCUCUACCACUUCAGCUGGAAGGCUAGUCCAUGCAUCCACUACCCUCUCAGUAAAGUAAUACUUCCUGAUAUUAUUUUUAAACCUUUGUCCCUCUAAUUUAAGACUAUGUCUUCUUGUUGUGGUAGUUUUUCUUCUUUUAAAUAUAGUCUCCUCCUUUACUCUGUUGAUUCCCUUUAUGUAUUUAAAUGUUUCUAUCAUAUCCCCCCUGUCUUGUCUUUCCUCCAAGCUAUACAUGUUAAGAUCCUUUAACCUUUCCUGGUAAGUUUUAUCCUGCAAUCCAUGAACCAGUUUAGUAGCCCUUCUCUGAACCCUCUCUAAGGUAUCAAUAUCCUUCUGAAGAUACGGUCUCCAGUACUGUGUACAAUACUCCAAGUGAGGUCUCACCAGUGUUCUGUACAAUGGCAUGAGCACUUCCCUCUUUCUACUGCUAAUACCUCUCCCUAUACAACCAAGCAUUCUGCUAGCAUUUCCUGCUGCUCUAUUACAUUGUCUGCCUACCUUUUAAGUCAUCAGAAAUAAUCACCCCUAAAUCCCUUUCCUCAUAUGUUGAGGUUAGGACUCUAUCAAAUAUUCUGUACUCUGCCCUUGGGUUUUUACGUCCAAGAUGCAUUAUCUUGCACUUAUCUACAUUAAAUGUCAGUUGCCACAACUCUGACCAUUGUUCUAGUUUACCUAAAUCAUUUGCCAUUUGGCUUAUCCCUCCUGGAACAUCAACCCUGUUACAUAUAUCUGGAGUGCUGAAGGUUGCCUACCUCUGUUCUCUAUUAACUAUUCAAGACCAGGGUGUUGGGCAUUAUUUAUUGUUGUCCUGUACACCCUAUCUCCAUCAUAUUACCCUAAUACCCUCCACCACAUCAGCAAGAGGGUGGAGGAAAGGGCAGUGACCAUUCACCAUGUCAGGCUACCUAGAUUAAAACCGAAAGAAAUAGCAUAUAUUAUUGUAUUAUAACAUGUUUACACCUUAAUCUAUUUCCACAUUUUUUUUUUUGUAUUUUUUUUUACCACUUCGCAAUAUCCUUUAUAGGAAUAGAUUUUUUUUGUAAUUUUUAUUUUGUACCUGUAAAUUUGUUUGACCUAGAUCCUCUUGCACAAUUUGUCGUUGUCUCACUGAAAACCUCCAGUGGGUUUCAUGCUGAUGAAUUAUACGCUAAUAUAUCUUUGUGUGAAAGAAAGUUUAAUCCUCAUGUUAGGGCUUUUUCUAAAAUUUCCUUUUAUUUAAAACUUCCACUAGUGUCAAUGUCAUGUGCGUUAAAACAAAGGAGUAUAGCUCUAGAUAUUGUGUGAGGCUUUAGGCUAUCCUUCGGAGAAUGUCAUUCAACAAAUUGUCAGUCAUGUAAACGUAAAGAGCAAACACUGAGUACUUCCGAAGUGCUUACGCAUGCUUGUGUCUGGUUGGCUUACAGUUAGCAAUGAUCUCGCAGUUUACACGUGUGCCAACACAAGCCACUGCAACGCUGGUGCAGCUGGAGUUUGGCUGCAAAAUCAUGAAUUUAGGGCUUUAAUUAAUUCAAUUAAGCUUUUUAAAUGAAUUAAUAUUUUUGGAUGAGAGUGUGAAAUAUAUUUUUUUCAAAAUAUUAAAAUUUUCUAAAUAUAUCAUAUCAGUAUAGAAAAACAUAUUAAAACAUUUUUUUAAAAUAUUAAAUAAUUUAGAAAGUUUGUCCAAAAAUAUUCAAUAUUCAAUCAUUGGAAAAGCUUAUGCACAAAUAUUAAAUCAAGGCCAUAAUGAGGGCAGAUUAGGCAGAAUGCAUAGUUUUGUUUAGCAGUGUUUCUUAAAAGUUGUUUUUUCUUUCGUUGGUUCUUAUUAAGUGUCCCUAAUGCACGGAGAUCUAGUAACCCUGUGUCGUGUUCUCCCUGAGCCUUUUAUAAUCUCAGCAGAACAAGGAUGAUCACUGGCCAGUAGAUGGCGAAAGAAACCAAGAAUUGUAUAACUAUUCCUUUGCUAUUUCGUACUUGGGCGCGUGCAAUGCAUCGGCAUUUGGUGUGGUAUUCAAAGGUUACAUUAGUAGAAUAGGUGUGUACUGCAAGUUUCACAUUUUUAUUUAUUUUUAUUUUUUUAACAAAAGGCCAACAGCUGUCGAAAAUUUAGUCACAAUGGACACUUAUUUGUUUUAAUGGAAAAUACAGAAAUCUAACAAUGUAUUUAUUUUUGUAAAUUCCAAAUGAAGCUUUACUUAAAAGAUUGUACACUUCUCUCUAGAGAUAACAUUGUGUAUACAUAGACAUACUACUCAACACUUUGCGGUAUGAAUUUGGGACUGGUGGUGGUGCAUGCUGGACAUCAUUGGUGAUGCCAUAGUUUUUGGGCAUGCCCGCAAUAAGGGGCAGUCUUGCCCAAGAAUGGAUAAUGUCAGCCUGGAGUACACGCAUGCCAACUCUUUCGCUAGUACCACUCUCUUAUCUUAUGAUGCACUCCUGCUGUAAUUUCUGGGGACCAGGAAUGGGACAUCAGAGACCAAAAGCAGGACAGCAAGACAGGACUCUAAAAUUGUGACUAUUCAGACUGUUCGAUAGCUGUUGGCCUUUAAAAAAUAAAUAAAUAAAUAAAGUAAAUACUUCAGUACACACCAAUUGCACUAAUGUUACCUUUGAAUAACACAGCAAAUGCCAAUGCAUUGCACCGCUGGUUAGUAGGGAGGAACACAUUAGCAGUUCUGCAUGUUUUUGUCUUUAAAGGAAUACUUUGGGUCAGGAACACAAACAUGUAUUUCUAACCAUAUAGUGUUAAAAUCACUAGCCUCCCCCACAGCUCUCCCUUGCCACCCCUAAAUAUAGUAAAAUCUUACCUUUAUUCCAGUCUGCUGGUGCUGGCUCUGCCCCUGAUCUGCGUGCUUGGCUGUCAUCCUGAGAAAUUAUGUUCUCAGCCAAUCACAAUGCUUUCCCAUAGCAAAGCAUUGGAUUGGCUGAGACUGUCAAUUCUGAUGAUCUCAGCUAAGGAGGCGGGCUGGGGGUAGAGCCAAACUCCACCCUGGCCAAUCAGCACCUCCUCAUAGAGAUGCAUUGAAUAGUAAACCUUUAUCCAAAAAAGUGAUAGGAGGUCAACACUAGUUAACGUAUACCUCCCAAUUGUCCCAUAGUUUGCAUGAAAUUCCUUGCAUCCCUGGUUGAUUUUCUUUUUCUUACUUGCUUUAUCACCAAAGGCACUCUCCAAACAGCUCAGUGAGAGUAAUUAAAUGUAUUAAAUAAAGGCCCUUCUGUCUAAACAAGAAUGCUUUAGCAGCGUGGUACGCAUGCACAGUGCAUGAGGGUGGAGGGGUAAAAGUUGACAGUCAACUCAACAUGCAGAAUGCCGGGCUGAUAUGUGCAUCUUGUAUUUGUCAUUGGCUUGCAUAGUCAAUUCUCUCCCUGCCAAUCAAAAUGUGCUAAGAAAACGAAACCUCAGAACUCAUCCAAAGCUUGGAUGGCUAUAUUAGGGAAAUAUAAUAUAUCUGAGCAGCAACAGAGGAUUAAGGGCAUGGGUUGCCAUUUCUAAACAGAGCCCUAUUUUUGUUGAAAAAGGUUUAACAAAAAACAAGGGUAAGGAACCCAAAUAAUAUCUGCCCCAUAACCACCGGAAUAGUAACAGAACCAAGUUAAUAUAUUUCGAAUAAAUUGCAUUUUCUAAGUUGAUUUUUUUUUUUUUUUUUUUUAAAUAAGAUAGAAAAUUUAGUCUGGCCUUUAACUUAUUGCCUUGGUUCUGGAUUCUUUUACAAUUAGUCAAGCUCAGAGAUAGGAGCCGCUAUAUAAAACCCGAUACUCAUUUCAAACCUCCAUGCAGCGGAAGAGGUCAAGAGCCAAUCCCUCUAAUAAAUAAUCCGGCUACAAGUAGCACUAGUGUUGACACUAGAGCCUUUUUAAAAAUGUCUAUAUUCCUGUCUGCAUUUUAUUCUGUUCUCAGCAUGGGAAAAUUAUCAAUUACUAUAUGUGCUGAGAUAAAAUUUCUGGUUUUUACUUAACGUUGUCUUUUUUGCUCAAAGAUGAAAGUGCUAAAAACCAGGCUUCCCCAAGCUCUGGCCCUCCAGAUGUUGCUGAACUACAACUCCCAUGAUUCUAUGAGUGAAAUAGAUAGGCUGAGAAUCAUGGGAGUUGUAUUUCAGCAACAUCUGGAGGGCUGGAGUUUGGGGAAGCCUGUGCUAAACAGUGAAACGUGUAAUCUAUAAACAUUGUGUACAUGCUGGGCAGAGCUACGAGGUUUGGCAACAGAGGAAGUAAACAUGUAGAAGCUGUUUCAAUGAUUAGACUUCUGAGAAGUGGCCUUUUCUUUAAAGUGAAACACUGUUACGUGACAUUUCUGGGUUUGCUGUGGACGUCCUUAACCAUUUAUUUUGUUGUCGGACUGAAAUGGAAGUUCUUAAUUUGUGCACAGCUGCCUAGAGAGCACAAUACAAACAUCUUUGUUUACGGCAUAUUCAAUGCCUUCCUUUUUUUCUCCUUAGAGGAUGAAUUAUGUGGGACAGCUAGCGGGGUCCGUGCUAGGCCGCGUUCGAGACCUGUAUAAAGGCGUGAAUCCGGCCACACUUUCUGGAUCCAUCGAUGUGGUGGUGAUCAGACAGCCAGAUGGCUCUUUCCGGCCUCCUUUUCAUGUUCGCUUUGGAAAACUGGGCAUAUUACGAUCUGCAGAAAUGGGGGUAAAUUUAAAGCACUUUAACUCAAUGUUAAUUCUUACCAGUAGAGAUUUGCUUGUCUGUUUCCAUUUCUGAAUCAAAAUAAUAUAUUGAUUACCAUGCUAUAAUUUACUUUCACUUUAAUACAAAUUUAUAACAGGUUCUCUUCUACAUGUGUAACAUUUGAAAUGUCUACUUCCAAAAUUAUUGUGUAGUUAUAUUUUCAGUCACUUAUCCUCUUGUGAUGUCCGUGCUAUACUGGAAACGGGAAUAAGUCUGAUUUUCUUGAGAUUCACAACUCACUCUUUCUAAUUAUUUUUGCAAUGUUUUAAAAUCAUUUAAAACUAAUUUUUAAAAAAUUAUAUGCUUAUUUACAAUCUUGUCACUACUUGUAAGCAACCAUCAUUACUGUGCCUAUCGUUAUUUUUAGAGAGAGUAGUGGCUGUUUACUAACUGCAUAUUUUUGCAAAGUAGCAACAGCAGGGCGGAUGCUGCCAUAGGGGCUGAUGGGCUGCAGCUCAGGCCGACUAGUUCCAUGGAAUGACCCAGUAAUUUAAAAAAAAAAAUUUUUUUUUCACACUACUCUUAGGGAUUCCAUCUGGCUUUUAUUUUAUUGGCACAGCCAGUAUUUGGGGCUGCCUGGCGGUGCCAAUAUUGCAGUUAUACUGGCAAUACAAAUGCUGGUAUUUUUCUCAGUAUAAACAAGAGAUUACUAUGCAAUACCAGCACUGGCCAGUAGGGGUCACUGUGUGUGGAGACAGGCAGGGAUGGGAAGUUCCAGCAUAUCCCUCCCUGCCUCUCUCUACUCACUUGUGUGUGGGUGAGUGGUUACACAAUGUGGUCUGCUUGAACCAAUGCAAUCAUAAUUACAUUUUCCCGAUUUCCCCCCAAUUAAAACCAAGAGACAUAAGUGUGGUAUAAAACAGGCCACAGCUUUAUUUAUAAUAACAAGCAUAAAUAAAUCAACCAAUAAUUUACUCGAGAACUUGUCCUUGCCAACCGACCCAUAAUAACUCUAGAGUACCCCCUUCCAGGGUACCUGCCCUCCCCCCUCGUCAAAGAUAACAGGCCUUUUACCUUGGCCUUCCAAUACCCCAUGCCAACCCCUGGCCGCCUUUUACUGGCACGGGGGGCACGCCCAAUUACCACAACUCUCCGAGGUUAGGGGAGGGACCAGACCCAGCAUUCCUUCUUCCAGUGUACUCGUUUUCCAACUGGUUUGGCAAGGACCAUACCCGCCACUAGCACCUGCUGCAUUUAAGCCUAAAUCAGCUGGCGCGACUCCCCACCAACGCCAUGGCCUGCUCUAACGCGUCCUGCAGCGCCAGAUUAAAUAAAUCUAAACCCACAUCCGUGAGAUGAACCCCAUCUGGGCGAAAAUAGAUCGCCGCUUCCUUUUCAAAUAUCCGGUGUCGCACUGUGACACCCCCAACCCCGAGUACAAAUUUGGACACCCUCUUGUUGAUUUUAACCCUGCAGCACUCAAUCGCCCCCUGAUCCCUCGCGCGGCGCCAAUAGUUCCUAGAUACUAUACCUGACCAGACUAAGCAGAGCUGUGGGAAAAGGACUAGCAAGCGCGCCAAAUCCCUUCUAAUGAGCUCACUAAGCCCCCAAGCAGGCAGCGCCCAAAGAUCGUUUCCCCCCAGGUGUAUCACCAAUACAUCAGGGGCCCCCAACAAUGUGGCUAACUGUAACACCUCCGGCAAGAGCUGGCCCCAGCGCAUGCCCCGAAAACCGAACCAUCGGACCUCAGCCAGCUCCCGGGGAAUUCCAAGUCGCGUCCCACCCGGGCGUACCCCUGCCCGCAGGUGGGCCGAGUAGAUAUACGAAUGCCCAAUCAGCCAGAUCCGUCGGCCGGGCCCUGCGGAGAAAACACAAGGGGGGCACCCAUCAGACGCGUGGGCCGGAUAUAGGAACGAAACCUCCCAGAUUCCCAUCUCCCAAUCCUCUGAAUCACUUGAUCAGAGAAACCCAACCGAGAAGCUUCAGUAGCUGCCCCAAUCCGGAAGGAAUGACCCCCAAAUUCACCACUCGGGAUUCCCAGCAUGUCGAGCGCAAAGCGAAAUACCCGGAGGAAUUGAAAACGAGACAGGUAAGUACCAUCCUCCUGCAUUAACAACGGACCCGCAAGACUCGGGCGUAUGGAGCAGUAGGACUGAAACGCAGAGGCUGGGCAAACAGACGAAUUAGGGAUGGUGCGAAGGGUAACCCAGCGACCCUUUCCAACAACGUCCGUUUUAGACCGUCGUAUCAAGAAACGCACCGCACCAUCCAAGAGGAACACAUCGUGAAAUAACAAACCCCCCGGAGUCCCCCUGCUAGGGCUGAUUAGUUCCCCAAUCCGGAGGGCCCCAAAAAAGGCAAAAAUAAAGGCUAACCGAAAUAAACUGGCUUCAUAAGCAGAAUAACAUAUCUGCGGAAGCACUGAGGUAAUUCCUAGCAGCAAUGCCCCUGAAACCGGCCUACGAGAAUCCUGCCCACGAGGGCCCCUACGCCAACCACGCAUCGCAAGUUUAACCAAGAAAUCCUUAGUGACAUCCGGCAUCCGAGUUAAGUUAAACCAGAAACUAAGACCGGAAAGCUUCCCAGAAACAGUAGCCGGAGAACACCCGCAAGCCUCCCAGAACCAAAGCAAAUGUAACAAACCUUGAACUCGUUCCGCCGGGGAAGUGUAGCCUCCAUGAUCCUGCUCAAGAGCAACCCAUUCCCCCCAAGCCUUACCAUACCGGACCCAAGUCGCCUCAGACACCGAGGACCGUAUCCAUUCCCUUAUCCGCUCAGGCCAAGGGACCAUAGUUCUCCGGGACAGGGGAGGCCUUCCAAGUCUGCUCCCGGAGCGGCUUUCCGAAACACCUGCCAUUGAAAGUGAGAAAGAGAGUCAGCCGUGGUAUUCAUGACCCCAGGAAUAUGCACAGCACGGCACGUUAUGUUCAGAGACAAGCAUCGCAAAACCAAUUGACGCAAUAGCCUAACCACCGGAGGGGAAGAGGCCGUCAGGUUAUUGAUGGCCUGAACCACACCCAGGUCAUCACAGUGGAAGACGACGCGCCUGUCUUUGAGCUCCAUCCCCCAUAAGUGAACAGCCACCAAGAUGGGGAAGAGCUCCAAGAACGCCAAGUUCUUGGUAAGGCCUGAAUCGACCCACGAUACAGGCCACGGCUCUGCGCACCAAUGAGGCCCCAGGAUUGCCCCAAAGCCAGAGGAACCCGCAGCGUCUGUAAACAAGUGAAGCGCGGCAUUCGAAACCUCAGGCUGCUGCCAAUAAGACCUUCCAUUGUAAGUUUCAAGGAAAACAGCCCAGACUACCAGAUCAUCCCUGAGCGCCUUGGUUAAGCGGAUGAAAUGUAAGGGCUUCGAAAUUCCAGCCGUGGCAGCCGCCAGGCGCCUGUUGAAUACUCUGCCCAUAGGCAUGAUCCGACAGGCAAAGUUCAGCUUGCCUAAGAGGGAUUGAAGGCGUCGAAGAGUGAUCUUUCGCAAGGAGCCCGCUUCCCGCACAGACCCCCGUAAGUCCACCAGUUUGUCCACUGGGAGCCGACAUUCCCCGAUAACUGAAUCAAUCUCAAUUCCCAGGAAACACAGGCACGUGGAAGGGCCAACUGUCUUGUCGGGCGCCAGAGGCACACCAAACCCAGAGGCCACAUCCGCCAAUGACUGCAAAAUAUGUGCGCAGAUUGAGGAGUGCGCGGGACCAACACACAAAAAAUCGUCUAGGUAAUGAAGGAGGGAGUUGUGACCAGACUCCAUUCUCACCACCCAUUCAAGAAAGGAACUAAAACAUUCAAAGUAAAAGCAGGAUAUCGCACAGCCCAUCGGGAGGCACAUGUCCACAUAGUAAUGCCCCUCAAAAUAGCAACCUAAGAGGUGAUGACACCCCGGGUGAACCGGCAAAAGACGAAAAGCAGACUCGAUGUCUGCUUUUGCCAUGAGUGCCCCCGAUCCGGCAUCCCUGACCAUACAAACCGCAGCAUCAAAUGAGGCGUAAGAAACACGGCAUAAUUCUGAUGCAAUGUCAUCAUUUACAGAACCCCCUUGGGGGUGCGAUAAGUGAUGAAUGAGCCGAAAUUUUCCCUGUUCUCUCUUGGGUACGACGCCUAAUGGCGACACCCGGAGAUCAGGGAGAGGAGAUUCCCGAAAAGGGGCCUGCCAUACGCCCCAAAGCCACUUCUUUAGCCAACUUGUCCCUGACCACCCCAGGGUGGUCAUAGACCGAACGCAAAUUCCGGCAUACCUUUGACGCCGGACGAUGUUGAUGGGGAAUCCAAAAACCAAACGAAAAACCUUCCAGGAGUAAGGCAGCCGCCUUUUUAUUUCUAUAACGUUUUAACCACGGUUGCAUCGCGCCGACGUCCACUGGCGUCCUCGCCCUUAGAGCCCAUGGCGUCACCCUUGUCGCCAGUCCUGCCCCGCUUAAAGCAUUUGGAGGCGGGGUGCGAUCCGCCGCACCCAGAGCACUCGUGCUUGAAACGACAACCCGUGCCGAAUUUACAUUGCCCGUCGUUAUACUGCCAGCAGCAGCCCGUUCGACGCUGAUUGGCCGACGCAGUGGUCGCAGACCCUGCGCCGGCCCCCCCGAGAAAGGACGAGAGGCCCCCUUGAUGCGAUGCCGGGCGGGUCAUGAUGGCCAACCACAAGCCGAUGUCCAUCUGGUCCCAACUCAACGAUGGGCGGACCGCUAUGCGCUGGCGAAACUGCUCAUCAUAGCGCCACCAGCCUAAUCCGCCAUAGGUCCGGCACGCGUUCCAUAUCGUAUCCUGAUAGCAAAAGAGGGAUGAGCAUUUAUUGGGGGACUUCUCGCCUAUCACACUCGCCAGGAUAGAAAAAGCCCUGAUCCAAUUACCAAAAGUUUUUGGUAUCUUCCGAUACCUAAACUUCUCCUUCUCCUUUUCGGAGUCUUUUGCCGCAGGAUCAACACGAGGCAGAUCCUCCAUAGGGAGUAAGGAAAAUAUUUCAACGAAUUCCCCUUUCUCUAUCUUGGUGCGCAAUUCCGGAGUCAAAUGGAGACCUAGAGGGCCUGACCAGCACAUGUAAGCCGCCCCAUGCGCAGCGGGGGCUACCCCUGACCCCGAAGAUGCCGCGGCGUCAUCCGAGGAUCCUUUGGAUGGUUCAAGUUCCGCCACUGGAGGAACUGGCACCACAGGGCCACUGGGCCCUGCGGGGGCAGCAGAGGGCAAUGCUACAACCCCUGAAAGGUCAGAACCACCAGCAGCCGCCCACCCUGACCGCAGCUGAUCGUCAAGGGCUAAAGGGGGCUGCAGUCCAGGACGAUGACCCUGCUCCAGAGACUGUAAAACUUGUCUCAUGGUUUGUAUUAAAGCGUCCCAUUGAGGUAGGACCCCUGCACCAAUACCCCUUAAGGCAUCCCCCGAUAAACCAGCGUACUCACCAGAGGCAAUGGAAUGUGACGGCAGCUGCGGCGACCCCAUAACCCGGUCCACAGGUUGCGGCGGAACCACGGAGCUGUAACCGCAGAAGGGACUGCACCAGCGCCAGCGUCAGAGAAACGCACCCGACCAGGGACACUCUGUGAAGAAAGUAAAGGUGAAAAGGAACCCAACCCUCCCACACCCACCGUGAAAGUACCUGGAGAGGCGGAUGGUAAAGUAACAGACGUAGGGCCAGGAAGGGUGGAAUGGGACCCGUCAAGGAGGGUGCCCGGAUCAGGCCCAGGAUGAUGGGGAGGGACAGGUAAACCAUGAUGGACCCCCACCCUGAGAGGGCCCGCAGAUGGGGCAGACAGUGAGCCAAGGGCAGGACCAGGAGUACCAGGGAGGAUCCCUGACACAAGGGGGGCAGGUGAGGGGGAGGGGUGGAGUGAUGGGGCAGAGACAGUGGGAAGAGGGGAAGUGCCAACCCCAGAGGGACCCACUGUAGGUGGGGUGGCAUUAUAAGAAGUGCCAGGAGCAGGCCCAGGGGAGGCAGGGAAGGAGGGCAGAGCAGGAGGGGAGCUGCUGUGGGGGUGAAGUGACACAGAUGUCUUCCCAUGGCCCCCAGACCCCCCCCCCCCGGAAACGACCCUGCCGACCUGCGGCCUACUCACCCGACCGGAGGAGUGGGUUAGCAACCCACGGGUCACGGGAGCCGCAUGCCGGGAAGCUCUGGUUGCUGGAGCCCUCCCGAACGCCGGUCUCGCCGCCGCCCUCCUCAAUGCCCGCGAGACCGGCGGGGGAGGUGUGUGAGAGGCAGCGUGGGCCGCAUCAGACCGCCGCGCGGCCACCUGCCGGCCUCCCCGAGCCCCGCUCGGGGAGGAAGUGCCAGGAGUGGGGGAGGCCUCGCCGGCCGCGGCCACCUGGGAACUGGCGCGCGGCCUGGCCACAGGGCUCCUGCUCCUACCCCUCACCGCUGAACGCUGGGGCUGGAGACAGAGGGAACAGCCGACCCAGCAGCACCCUGCAGCCGCGCCAGCUGGGACUGCAGGUGAAGUCCCCCAUCUUGAAGGGCCUCAGCCCUGAGGGCAGACAAGAUGGCUUCAAUGUCCAUGCCCUGGCCGUGAGACAAGCAGUGGUAACAGGCAGCAAGGAGGGAAGAUGUUACCAGCCGUUUAUUCUAAGAUGGCUGAGGUAAGGGACAAAUUGACUGCCCUUUAUAUGACCCCACCCCACCCCUAUCCUAAGUGACACCCCCCACAUGUGACACCUACACUCACCACACCCACACAUGCCUCCUAUCCGGCUAGCUUUUCAGCCCGCCUCCUCUGGGCCUGAUCUGCAGGGGUGCAGCUACAGAGGGUCCAGACAGCAACUCCCACCCUGCAGAGACAGCCUACAGCUCAGGGAAGUAAGGGAUGGGGGGAAAGGCUGCAAGGAGACAUACACUGAGACACUAAGGGGCACUGGGAGACAUUAUGGCAGACACUAAGGGACACUGGGAGACAUUAUGGCAGACACUAAGGGACACUGGGAGACAUGGGGCACUGAGACACUGAUACAUAGGAACACUGAGACCUGGAGUAAUCGACACAUGGGGGCACUGAGUCACGAGGGCACUGGGAGACAUGGGGGCACUGGCAGGAAUCCAUCUAUACAGCAGAAUCAAACUAAGUAGUUUUUUUGGUGAUUUUACAGCAUUUUCUCUUAUAUCACUCCUUGUGAUUUACAUCAUGUGAUGUCAUCCAUACAUAUUUAAUUAUGCAAAUUAGUAAGGCUGGUAUGUUUUUCCAAGAAAGGUGGCAACUCUAACUACUUUUCAAAUACUCUUACUUAAGUAUGGAAACUUAAGUGGGAUGUAUGGGAACAAAACUUGUGUGGACUGGCUGACAAUGAAUAUAGUUAAAGGGACAUAAUAGUCACUAGAACAACUACAGCUUAUUGAAUUUGUUCUGGUGAGUGGAAUCAUUACCGUCAGGCUUUUUGCUGUAAACACUGUCUUUUCAGAGAAAAUGCAGUGUUUACAUUACAGGCUAGUGAUAACUUCACUUGCCACUCCUUAGAUGACUGUUAGAGAUCCUUCCUGGGUAAUGGCUGCCUAAAAUGCAUCCAAACAUUCACUGUCUCCUCCCUCUGCAUGCAGACACUGAACUUUCCUCAUAGAGAUUCAUUGAUUCAAUGCAUCUCUAUGAGGAGAUGCUGAUUGGCCAGGGCUGUGUUUGAAUCAUACUGGCUCUGACCCUGAUCUGCCUCUUUGUCAGUCUCAGCCAAUCCUAUGGGGAAGCACUGUGAUUGGAUCAGGCCACCACUUCUAAUGAUGUCAGCAGACUGCUUGUUUUUAUGAGUCUAACAGCAUGCCGAGUUACAACUUCAGGCUUGAAUACAGAUUUUGCUAUAUUUAUGGAGGCAUGAGGGGUCCAGGGGGGGCUAGAUGGUGGUGUUAAUACUAUAGGGUCAUGAAUUCAUGUUUGUGUUCCUGACCCUAUAGUGAUCCUUUAAGGUAAUGCUGACUUUGGUCUCUAACACUGUGGCAUGUUCCCUUUCUUCUACACUCACUACAUACAGCUUUACUCUGUCCCAGACCAUAUACCAGGAUCUUCUGCCUGCUAGUAAGAAGGUAAGGAGACAAGUGGACCAGCGAGUGCUAGGGGACAGUCCUUAGAAAGCGUUGAGUGAGCGCAUCAUUAGAUGCAUUUAUGCCAAGCUCAGGGUGUUGUCUGCAUAGUAUGCCCUUAGUUGGGCAGCUGCAUGAUUGGCAGGCAGCCUGACAUGCAUUCAUGUCAGGUUGGCCUUCUAAUUCUUUGAGCAGAAAUGUCCUCUUUUUGGGCAUGUUUGCCCGUUUUGGCAGGUUACGUGAUUUGUGUCAGUGGCAAACCCUUUUACCGUGCCCAUUGACUUCCUGCUUGAUUGGACGUUGCUGUUAGGGGUUAUGGAUUUACUUGAAAGCUGAAAACAUAAAUUAGAGAGAGAUUAGCUAGGGUAUGUGUUUUCUUAUAGCUGCUGUUUUCUUUCUCUCCAGCACCAUCUCCAUCAGAUACAUGAUGCUUAUGAGUGUUUUACUGUUUUUGGUCGAUAUGAUUCUGUAAUUAGGCCCGUCAUAAUUGUCAGCACCAGGCCCACUGGGCUCUUAAUCUGGCCCUGAGCAACAGGGAGUUACCGGCUGCCGCUACUGAAAGACAGUCAUUAAGGCUAAUAGCUCCAUUAUUCUCUGAGGAAGUAGUAACCCUCUGCUUAAACAUGUAUUCCUGAACCUAUGGUGUUAAAAACACUCUCAAGCCCCCCUUGACCCAAAAUAUAGUAAAAUCUUACCUUUAUUCCAGUCUGCUGGUGCUGGCUCUGCCCCUGAUUUGCCUCCUUGGUUGACAUCAUCAAAAGUGGUGAUAUGAGCCAAUCACAAUGCUUUCCCACAGGAAAGCAUUGGAUUGGCUCAGACUGUCAAGGAGGCAGAUCAGGGGCAGAGGCAGCACAAGUCAAACACAGCCCUGGUCAAUCAGCAUCUCCUCAGAGAAAUGCAUUGAAUCAAUGCAUCUCUAAUAGAUAUAUUAGAAUAAAAGUUCAGUGUUUCCAUGCAGAGGGUUGAGACACUGAAUGUCAUUCACACUGUGCAGCACUGCCCCGGGAACAACUCUAGUAGUAGCCAUCUGAGGAGUGGAAAUGACAGGGAACAAAUUACAGAGGCGUAACUAGAAACCACGGGGCCCCGGUGCGAAAAUUGCCCUGGGGCCCCCGUACGUCUACCCCCCCGCCACCCUCCUACCCCGUCUACCGUCCCCCUCCCAUACAUUCCCCUCUUCCCCCCACACAUGCAAACAGAUACACAUGCAGACACACACAUAUACAGAAACACAUACUCACACACAUACAGACACACAGACAUAUAGACAUAUAUACAUACACACAUACCUUUCCCUGGGGUCCAGUGGUGGUUCAGCCUUAUGGGAGUCAGAGUUCCCACUCUGACUCCCUCCUCUCGUGCGGCUCCCGGUGGCUGCUGGGAGAAAGUGACCGGGGCAAUCACUUCCUCCCAGCCUCUGACAUCUUUAGUGGGGGCACGCUCGCGCUGUUAAAGUGCUGACCGGGCCCCCUGGAAAUACAUAGCAUCGGGUGGACCUAACAGCAUGGGCCACCCGAUGGGCCCCUUUAAGGCCGCCGCGGCAGUUAUACCGCGCGGGUCGGGCGCGUUACUUAACCAGCAGGACCUGCAGUCGCAGGGGUCCGCAGGGCGGCUGGGCCUCCCGGACCGUGGUAGUUCCACCACUGACAAUAAGCUAUAAUUGUUCUGGUGAUUAUAGUGUCCCUUUUAAUUACAUUGUUCUUCAACAUUUAUUUUAUAAUAUGUUGUGUUACAGUUGAGAAAUAGUCACUACGCUAAUAGUAAAACUAAAGAAUGUGUCGCCAAGCUAACUGCCAACUACAUUAUUUGUAUCCACUGGUAAGAACCACGGUGAGUAGACAUGGUGUCUAUCUUUAUUUAUUUGUUUAACAUUUUCAUCGAGUGGGAGAGAAAAGAGAAAUAUGAUGUCUACGUUGAUAACUCUUGUCUGCUUCCAAAUACCUUGCAAGCUUACUCAGUCUUCAUAUAGAGUUGUACUGACACCGUGUUUGACCAGUGAGAGCUUCUCAUGAAUUACAUGUGGUUCUUUCUCCAGGUAGAUAUCGAGGUGAAUGGAGAGCCAGUAGACCUGCAGAUGAGGCUUGGGGAGAAUGGAGAAGCUUUUUUCGUGCAAGAGCUGGAGGAGACUGAGGUUGGUGGAGCAGAGAAAAGAAUGAAUGUAUAUUAAGGAUAGAUGUAGGAGUACGAUGAUGGGUUUUUACAAAGCACCUGUAAUAGAAAAUGUUGUAAGUACUGUAUUGUGACACAAAUAAAUAAUAAAAAAAUUUACUGAAUUUAAAGUAAUUUAUCAAAGUGUCACAAACCCCUUUACAUUUACUUUUCAACAGAUUUUCCGCACCAUUGAUUCAAUCUGUCUGUUUCACUAUUUUUAGGAGAUGAAAUGGAUUUAUGAAUUAUUCUGCCUCUUUUUCCAAAAGAAAAGAGAUUUGUUUCACCUCCUUUUUAUUGCUGCCACCCUUCUGAAAUGGAAAUUUCUGUGAAAACUGGUGGAAUUUACUAUGAUGAAAAACUGUCACUUUUUAGAUUGCUUUUAGAACACAAAUUUUUACAACCAAAAUGACAGAAUGUAAUUGUGAAGAAAACAACAUACUUUGGUGCUCAUUCAUUAUUUUUUUCGGUUCGUUAGAUGAAUCUACCGAACACCGACCACCCCCUGGCUCAUUAAGUCCAAAGAAAACCAUAGGAAUUAACGCUCUCCUUAUGUGGCCGCCAUUCGUGUAACCAGUGGCGUACCUACCACGGUCGCAGGGGUCGUGGCUGAGUGUAUGUAUGUGUGUGUAUGUGUGUCUGUGAGUUUAUGAGUGUAUGUGUGUGUCUCUACGUGUGUGUGUCUGUAUGUAUGUGUCUGCAUGUGUAUCUGUUUGUCUACAUGUGUGGGGGGGAGGCGGGGACAUGUGGGGUAGGAGACAGAUGUAUGGGGGAUCCCCAGGGCAAUUUUCGCACCAGGCCCCGUGGUUUCUACUUACGCCUCUGCGUGUAACCGAACAACAUGUAUUGGAAAAAACAGCAGCCAUCUUGGCACACGUGUCUGGAAGUCCAGUGUCUUGAACUCCAAAUCGGACACUCGACUUCACGAACGUCUGUUUCUUUUCCUCGACCAGCCAGGAGAGUGCUGUUCGGUAGGUUUGUUCUCACGAACCCAGGGAAUAAACGCUACCUAUGAGCCAGGGGCAUCGUUCGUGGAUUUGUUUGGUUUAGGACUCCCUAAAUUGACUGACUGCUACCCAUGAAACUCUGGAACUGUUUUGGUCAGUCAAAUCUUUGCCCCGGUGGUGAUUCGUCUCAGUUUGUGCGAUCUGAGCACUUUUUGGAUAACUUGGGCGCUCAGAUCCAAGUUAUCCGGGGAUAUGCCAUUUAGGGGGGUCCCUAUAAUAUUUAUGUGUUUUAUUAUGUACUUUUAAUAUUUUAUAUUUUAUGUCGAGUCGUGACUCAGGAAUGUAAGGGAGUUUCUGUGGGCAUGUAUACUGUACCCUUGUCUUGUAUAAAAGCCCGCGGUUUGACCUGAAUAAAUUUAUUCCUGUUGUACCCUUCAUCUAAUUCAGGCUGAUGUUUGAGAAUGCAUCUGAUUACUUGGUGGAUUUACUUGUAUGCUGUAUUUUCAUCUGGAGAUCGUUCGAAUCAACACCCGAACUGCGAGCUAUAAUCACUCAGCCUCUAGCAGUUCGGGAGAAAGCAAACAAACGGGUAUUCAAAAUACCAGCGUUCGUAACAGUAACCAUCACUUUUCAGAACAAUUUGAUCAAUAUCCCCCAUCUGAUAUUACACAUCUGAUGCCCCAUUGAUAAUCUGCAUAUUAUGUAUUUCAUAUAUGGACUUAUUUUACUAAGUUUUUCACUAACGUGAGAAUUCAAAGUGAAUUUUUGAAUUUUAUAGACCAAAUAGCCAGACUAGAAAAAUGUACCAAUGCUUCUAGUUUGGCUACAUUGAUCUUAAUUUAACAUUUACUUUGAAUUCUCACUUAAGUGAAUAACACAGAUCGCUUUGCAGUGCAUAUAGAGAGGAUAGUGUGGGAUAGAUUUGCCUGUAGUAGGAACUACAAUAAAGAUAAAGACAAUGCAUGCAAGAAUGUAAAAAAAGAACAUGAAAUAAACAUGAACAUGAAAUUUAAACCUCUUUAGUUUAGAAAAAUGUCUCCGCAGAGGGGAUAUGAUAACAUUAUACAAAUAUAUAAAUUAUCUGGAAAUCUAUUCACAAACAGGACUUUACAUAGGACACGAGGUCAUGCGUUUAGUCUGGAAGAAAGAAGAUUUCGUCUAAGGCAAAGGAAAGGGUUUUUUUUUUACCGUAAGAACAAUAAGGAUGUGGAAUUCUCUGCCUGAAGAAGUAGUUUUAUCAGAAUCUGUACAGAUGUAUAAACAGUUACUAAAUGCAUGCUUGUAAAAACAUAAUAUUCAAUGAUAUAAUCUUUCAACUGUAGGGUAAUAGCUUCUUGAUCCAAGGAUUAAUCAGACUGCCAUUCUGGGGUCAAGAGGGAAUUUUUCUAUAGUUUAUUGUAAAAUUGGAAGUGCUUCAAACGGCUUUUUUUGCCUUCUUUUGGAUCAACAGCAAAAAAACAGAUGUGAGGAAGGCUGAACUUGAUGGACAUGUGUCUGUUUUCAGCCUAUGUAACUAUGUAACUAAACUAACCCUUGUUUCACAAUAUACUACAGUGCAUAGAAAUUUCUUAGUCUACUCCCUGCGGUCUCCUUUGCAGAAUCUUUCUCCACUCCUAGCCAGCAGUGACUAUUCUUUGUCUCCUACUGAACCCCAUCCUAGUCUGUCAGAGUCUCCUAUUGACACCAUUACAAGAAGACAGCGCUGGAGCAGGAAAGGAGAUAAAAGGCGAGAGGAGCUGACUUUGGAGGUACCUGCAGAAGAACAGAUGCCUGUACUUUCUGCUCGGUGAGACAAACCUACGCAUGUGACAGCUUUAUAAUGCACAGAUACAAGUUGUGUGUUUAUUAACAUUUAUCUUCAUUCUUCCCCCAUCACAUUGCAGAGAAUCCAUGUAUUUCUCAUUCUGCGAAAUAGCAGAGAAAAAUUCUCAAUCCCAGCCCAAUGUUUUCUACCCCUGCUACGACGAGGAACUUGUAAUACAUCAGCCGAGGUAACCAUAAAAGUGGGUGAACAGUACAGCAAAUACUGUAUGAUUCUUCCAAGAUAUUGUCGGUUUAAGGAUACGUGCUUGUGUGAUAAAGUAACAUAUUUAUUGACUCACAUUACUAUGUGCUCACUUGAGGUACUGUGUGGAUAGUGUGACUGAUACAAUAAUCCUUGUAAUACAACCACAUGUAUGCCUGAUUGCAUGAAGAAUUAGAAUAAGAUGUAUUUUAACCCUUUUUUCUCCACCAUUUCUCCACCAGUCGCUCUCCUUCACCGAAAAGUGACUCUGAACUGGAAAUGAGGCUUCCAAAUACACCUCUAACUGAGCAGUGCAUGGAAUGGGACUGGGGAAGGCUUCCCCAGGUAACAAGAGUUUCCACAACUACCUGGUUUUUCUUCAGACAUUAGCACAUGGAUAUAACCCUCAUGUUAAUUAUUUUUUUUCUUAGCAAGUGGAUGUUAUCUCAUUCUGUUUAUUUUUUUUAUUUAUUUUUUUACAGGUGAGCCGGGCAGAAUUAAUACCCCAAAUUUCACAAUCUGCACCCCCAAGCCCCACCAACUGGGAAACUCUUAAGUCACAAUCUUCAUUCUUCCAAGAGCCAGCAGACCAACCUUCAACAACAAGCUACGAUGCACUGGGUCCCACAGCACUGGAGGACCCACCCCAAAUCCUGAACCAGGAUGGUGAGCUAAAGUAGAAUCAAGAAAUAGUUUAUGUAUGUUUUUCCUACUACAGUCUCAAUAGUCAAACAUGUCUAUUUUUUUGUUUAGCUAGUUUUUUUUCUAAUCUAAUCAUCUAAUUUCCAUUCAUAAAAUGUUAAAGAUUUCCGUUUCAUUUUUUUGUGUGCCUUCUACUCUCCAUAACAUUUUAGCUUCAUUACAUUUUGGUCCAUUUUCUCUUCUUUCUAUCCUCUUUUUUUAAAUUAUAAUAAUUAUCCUAUGUUGACAUUUCACCUGAUUUUCACGUCUAGCUUGUGCCAACCCUCCCAUUAAUCCACCAACUCCAAAGCCUGAGGACCUUCUAUCUCCGGAAUCCCAGGAAGUGUCUCUCUAUUUCCCAAAUAGGUCAGUUGAAAUGCAGAACAGUUGGGAAGUAAUAAUAUUUUUUAACUAAAUUCAAAACCCAAAUUCUGUCACUGCAGUGAUCCGUACCCACUGCCAGCCCCACCUCCGCACCAGAGAAUCUCUGAACAAGACUCGGAUGAGAAUGAGGAGGCAUUGGUCAGGCACCAGGAGAACUACAUAGAACUGUCAUUGUGCGGUGGGCUAACAGACACCUGGGACAUUCCCAUGGGUAAGUAUGCAUGGGUUUCUCGAGUAAUGAUGUUUUGUGAGAUGUUGAGAAUUAAAGGAGCGUGCAUCCCGCUGUAGCUCCCUGUAUGUUUUGCAUAUUCUUACUUUUUGUCUCUGUCGUACUAUCGGGUACACUGAAUCGGGUGUUCAUUUUUUUUCCUGUAAAAGUCAUUUCAGUUAUUUCUUCUCCAAACACAGAAAGGUUCCUGAAACACCAGAUAUCGUAUUCAGAAUUCUGUAAAAAUCCUUUGCUUAUAGAAGACACUAGAUUGGUGUUACGGAUACACGACAAGUAAGGCCGACAUUAAACUCGAAUCGUAGUAUUUGGUUUUAUAUAGCUUUUUUUUUAAUACCUUUGCUUCAAUAUGAUUUUUUUGUGUGUUUAUUCCAUGUCUCCACUAUUAUCCUCAUGUAUGCAUUUCCUUUUCUACAUCUAAUUCUCUGCUUUGUCUUAUUUUCCCCUAUAUUUUCAGGUUUUAUAACUGGGCGACUGCUGCCCCUAUCAUCCUGUGUAAGCAGGUUUUUAAUGAAAACCUACCCAAGGUAAAAUCACUUACCAUCGGAUAUAUUUCACCUUUCUGCCAGGCUGUUUCUAAUACUUUAUUAUUUUGCCAGGACAUAGUUAAUCAGCUUGUCUACCAAAAGAUGCCCCCCAGAUCAGGAAGAUGGUGGUUCUCAUGGCGCCGAAAGGAUCUCCCUCAACAUAUGGUGAGAAUAUAAAAUCUGUCAGUGCAGAACUAAUUUCACACACAGUCAAAACCAUGGGUCACUUUAUAUUUCUAAUUGCUCCAUCUUUUGUACUAUUGUCUGUUCACACUUUCUCCUUCUUACAAUCACAUCCAGGUUUAUUUAGUAAAGUGAGCAUUCAAAGUGAAGGUCAACUUUAAGGUCAACAAACUGGAACAAUUCUCUAAGUCAGCUAUGCUUUUAGUGUGGCUACUCUGACCUUAAAGCUGAAAUUUACUUCAAAUUCCCGCUUCAGUAAAUAACCCUAAUUAUAUUUCCACUACAUUUUUUUUCCACUCCUAAUGUAUUUUUUUUUUUUUUAAAUGGCAUCUUACGACAAACAUCAACUACGGCCAUCUUUAAAAAUCUCCUUAGUAUUUUCAAAUUAUUUUAAGAUUGGCCUGCAGCUUAUAAUAAACCCUGUAGUAUUUACAUACAUUUUAUAUUAAACCCCCUAUCAGUGAUCUAAUUUUUCAUAUCAAACUCCCUAACAGCGAUCUAAGUCUUCUUAUUAAACUCUCGAACAAUAAUCAAAUUCUUCAUAUUAAACCCUCUUAAUAACAUUCACCUAAUUCUUCAUAUUAAACCCUCUUAAUAACAUUGUCCUCAUUUUUCAUAUCAAACCCCUUAACAGUGAUCAAAUUCUUCUUAUUAAACCCCUUUAAUAACAUUGACCAAAUUCUUUAUAUGUAACCCCCUAACAUUGACUUAAAUCUUAAUAUAAAACCCGCUAACUGAUUUACUUCUUCAUUAAAUUUCACAAUAAGCAGCUAUGUUACCGGGCAUCAUUCCCAGAAUGUGUUGUUUAUUCUCAGUCUCUCCCAUUCAUAAUUUCUCCAUUCCUACUUUAAACAGUUCUUGAUUUCUCUAUAUUAUAGCGUUACAUUCUCCUAAAUCUAAUAUUCUCCCUUUAAGUUGAUCCCAGUGCUUCCAUUCCUACCCCACCUCACACUCCACUUUCUCCAUCACUCUCACUCACGCAGCAAACACCCCAAACUGAGGAAUCUGAGGAGCAGAAAGAAGAUCUCAACCAACAUAGGUGAGGAUUUUUUCUUUAAUUAUUUCUCCAUCUGUUUUUCACGUUCUCUCAAUUUUUUUCUUGCCUCUUAAAGUAAUGGGACUAUAAUUGCACGGCAAAGGAUCAGCGUUUUCCAAAAUUAUUAUUUUUUUAAAUCAUCUUUCAGGGCAAGAAUUCCUUUCUACCAAAAAGGGGAGACCUCGUCGCCCUAUUUCAGUCCGUUGUCUUCCUUCCUUCAUUUCUCUCGUCUCUCUUCUGUAUUCCUAGACAAGUAUCUUUUUUCAUGUUUUACUUGAAGGUUGACAGAGACGAUUGUUACCAGUGAGCCUUCCAAAACACCAGGACAGCCUCCACAGUACAGGAAAUCCCUACGUCUUACUUCAGAGCAGAUAGUAAGUGAGAGUUCCAUUGUAGAAGCUUCACAUUAUUGUCUCAUUACGUCUCGCUUUUGGUAGGAUACAUGGUUUUUCUUUUCCACUGCAGUCGUGUUUAUGAAUUUACCUAUUCUCAGUGCUCAUUGUCAUCCUCCUCUAAGUUGUAACAUUAUCCGCUACAUUCUUGACUGGCGUGUGGAUGACCUGAAAAAAACAACUAUUUUUUUCUCAUGCUCUUGGCCAGCUUGUGUGAAAAUAAUUGGCAAGUACUCUGGUUUUCUUGCAACACCUGACUCUUAUUGUCUCUCUCAACAGGAACGUUUAAACCUUCAAGAUGGGGCUAAUGAAGUUGUGUUUAGUAUUUGCACUAAAUUUCAGGGGACAUGUCGCACCCGAUCCCAGAUCUAUCUUUGGGAUAGCCAGGAUCGCAUCAUCGUGAGUGAUAUCGAUGGCACAGUCACCAAGUGAGUACAUACCUCACUAUAAUAACCUCAAAAAAGGAAGGAAGACUGCACUCAAUUCCUAGAAACCACAGGGCAUUUUAAGCCGGACCAGCAAAUCCGUUGCAUAUGAUUUGUCCAAGUAAAGGCUUCAGGCGCUCAUAGAGUUUUUCAAGGUCUAUAUGCGCUUGACCAAGAACUUGGUUUAGGUCGAAACGUUGCUCUUUGCAUUUUGAUCCAAUAAAACGUCUUUGCAUUUGAACUCUGUGAGUGCCUGAAGCCUCUUCUUGGAUCUAAUAACCUAACUGUCACAUUUCUUAUAAGAACUUCGUCAUGUUCCAUUUCUGAAGAUUGUUUCGCAAACUUUGUAACCCUUCAGGUCAGAUGCUCUUGGUCACAUUUUACCACAACUUGGAAAAGACUGGACGCAGCAAGGAAUAGUUCAACUCUAUCAUGCCAUUGAAAGGUCAGUUCUAUAUCAAGUUAUAAUAUGUACUACAGUCAGGGUAUUUCUGAUUCACUUGCUUCCAAUGUGCCCAACCGUUGACUCCACUUGUGUCUCCUAGGAAUGGAUACAAGUUUGUGUAUUGCUCUGCACGCUCAGUGGGUCUGGCCGAGCUCACCAAGAACUUUCUUCAGAGGAUAAAUGAAGGAGGUCUUACCCUUCCCCUUGGACCGUUACUGUUAUCUCCCAGCAGCCUCUUUACUGCUCUGCAUAGGUGAGUACAGCAGAUAAAACCAUCAUGGCUUGACUGCCGAAUCGUGCUGUAAUGAUGGUAUGUGUAACUCUGUGUAUUCUAUACAUUCAUUUAUUUUUCCACACAUUUCUCACAUUCACCGACCCCUGACUGUGUUUUAUUAUUUUGCAGGGAGGUCAUAGAGAAGACACCAGAGCGUUUUAAGAUUUCAUGUCUCUCUGACAUCAGACAGCUCUUUCCGAACCCUCAACCUUUUUAUGCAGCCUUUGGGAACAGGCCCAAUGUGAGUUAAAGGAACACGCACGCAAAAAAAGGAUAUUUAAAAUCCACAGAUCUCCGUAGGAACUCUUAGCAAAUAUACUUGAAGUGAUCUUGGUGUUGAAAAUAAAAAGUAUUUAGCAUGAAACCACAGGGAGAUGAUAGAAAAAAACAAAAACAACAACAUCAGAUUCAUGUGUUUGCCCUUUAUUUCCUCUCAUAUCUAAAAUCAACCCCAUCUUUCUAUACUUGUCCCUCUUUUUUACUUCAAAAUAAAUGCCCCAUCACCACCUUCCUCUUACACCGCUGUUUCCUUUGUAGGACGUUGUGGCUUAUAAGGAGGUGGGAGUACCCGAAGUACGUAUCUUCACCGUCAACCCAAAGGGAGAACUGACUCAGGAUGUGAACCUAUGCUUUAAGUCCUCGUAAGUGCUUUGUGUGGUGUGAUAGGGCACAGACAAGAGUGUGAAUUAAUUAGGAAUGCCAGAAACAGUAAAUGGGGAAUCCUCACGUCCCAGGGGUCUUAAACAUUAUGUUCACAUAAUCUCUAUCUUUAUGAAACUAUGUAAUUGUGAUACUCUUGACAAAGGCACAUCGUAGCGCCGAAACGCGUUGCGGUAGAGUCCACAUUUCUGUGGGUUUUUAGAUUUAGACCGCUCUGCAGCUACUUUUACCCUAGGGUUCUGGGUCUAUCUCAGAUAUAGGUUUAUCUAGCACUUCAUUACUCCUCCAGUUGAAGCACAGCAUACCUGAGCGAUACUGGAUACUACAAGCAUGAUAAGCACACAGUUGUUCAGUUGUUAACUACUCCUUAAGCUUAGCACAGCAUACCUGAGCAAUACCAGACACUACAAAUAUGAUAAGCAUUCAGUUACUCUAUCCAUUCUAGUGGGACUCUUCCAGCACAGUACUGAAUAAUCUAUCCUGUGAUUUACCCAGAGAUUUAUUAGUGCACUAUCUAUUUUAAGAGUCCAUUUAGGGAUCUGCAGUAGUAUACUGGAUGCUAUACCUUAUCCUAGAACCUGUUUUUUGGGGGUUAUCUACUAAAUAUCUACUUCAGAUUUUAAAUACCUAACACUAUAUAGGUUUAUUCAAGCCGGUUUUGUUUUUUACUCUUUAAAACUUAUGCCCUGAAUUUUAUCAGGGUCGAACUGUUCGCUCAGUUACCUACAUUUAGGUGCUGUCAGAGACGAUCAUAAUAGGGGAGAGCAAUCUAAUCUUUUAUGUUAUCCACUGUCAGUUUUCCCGAUCAUGAUUCUAUUUUAUCUGGGGUCUGCUGUGGACUUCGCAGAUACUCUCUGACAAGCCAGACACCUAUUUGAUCCUGCUGUACUUGGAGCCACACAGACAGAUUGACAUUACUUUGAGCUUGACUAGUUAUAAGAUAUAGCCAUUCUGUUGCCACUUGGCCAGUAUGACUAGGGUUACCUUAUUGCAUCUACCUAUGUAUAUACUGUAUAUCUCCCCUCAGAUACUGUUUCCACUUCAUCAGUAUCACUACCUGGCUAUUUUGUAAUUAGUACGCUUUGCACACAUGUGUACACAGUAGUUGGUCCUAUUCUUAUACUUACUAUCAUCUCCUUUUUUUCAUUAUUAUUAUUUUUUCACUUUUUUUGGUGUCUGGGAUAUUUAGAUGUGUUUAUAUAUUGGACAAUAAAGUUUUUACCUUUACUUAGUAAUUUCCAUUAGGGUUAUAGGACUGGAACCAGGUGUGCCUCCUUGCAGACCUGUUUUCAAGCCCUCUCUAUUAUCUGCUUUCUCUUGGUUAGGCCCUGUGUUAGCCCACAACCACUACAAAUUUGGUGGGAGUAUUUUUCUCUCUCCAGUUUUGUAUAUCCUGAGAUGUGAAACAUCUUGGCUCUCUCAAUAAGUGAACCUUAGGAAUUUGUUGGGGAAGUGGGGGGUUGGGGGGACUAGUUAGAUGUAUAUUCAAAAUGUUCACAGCAUAAUGUGUUUCACAGCAGGGUUGCAAUUUUUGUUUUCCCUUUUGCAAAAAUUAGCUAAAAGAUGUUUUGUUUUUUAAUAAUGUUCAAAAAAAGCUAAUAGACACAUUUAAAAAAAAAAAAAAAAUACAAAUAUAUACAUAUAUAUAUAUAUAUUAAGGUAACCUUACAUUUGUUCCAAAUACGUGUAUCUAAGUGUAUAGUGAGCCAAGGGGUAGUGGCAUCUGGAUGCAAGUUUGUUUUGGGGGUGUUUUUUUCCAGCUGAAUUACACACCUCUUUCUACAUAUUUUUCUAGUAAAGAUAAUUAAAGAACCACUAUAGGCACCCAGACCACUUCAGCUUAAAGGACCACUAUAGUGCCAGGAAAACAUACUCGUUUUCCUGGCACUAUAGUGCCCUGAGGGUGUCCCCACCCUCAGGGUCCCACUCCCGCUGGGCUGGAUGGCAAGGAAAUGGGUUAAACUUACCUUUUUUCCAGCACCGGGCGGGGAGCUCUCCUCCUCCUCUCCGCCUCCUCUCCCCCAUCUUCGGCUGAAUACGCAUGCGCGGCAGGAGCUGCGCGCGCAUUCAGCCUAUCUCAUAGGAAAGCAUUCAUAAUGCUUUUCUACGGACGCUGGCGUCUUCUCACUGUGAUUUUCACAGUGAGAAGCACGCAAACGCCUCUAGCGGCUGUCAAUGAGACAGCCACUAGAGGCUUUAGAGGCUGGAUUAACCCAUUAAUAAAUUGGGAAUUGACACAGUAAAGGAGGAGACUAUAUUUAAAAGAAGAAAAACUACCAUAACAAGAGGACAUAGUCUUAAAUUAGAGGGGCAAAGGUUUAAAAUUUAUUUCAGGAAGUAUUGUCUUACUGAGAGGGUAGUGGAUGCAUGGAAUAGACUUCCAACUGAAGUGGUAGAGGUUAAAACAGUGAAGGAGUUUGAGCAUGCGUGGGAUAGGCAUCAGGCUAUUCUAGACUUAAGAUAAAGCCAGGGACUAAUAAAACUAUUUAGAAAAUUGAGCAGACUAGAUGGGCCGAAUGGUUCUUAUCUGCCGUCACAUUCUAUGUUUCUAUGAAUGGCGGGAGAAUUGGGAUGUGUUAUGUGACUUGGCGGGUUGGGGUUUACAAAUGGCAAGACAGGAUGCCGGGUGGCAGUAUGUGAUAGGGGAUGCGAUACCUGACUGUGUGGAAGAAUGUGAUAUGGAGCUUCAAGUGCAUGUACUGGUUGGACAGGAGUAUAUGGCUUGGGUCAGUUGUUCCUCCCAUUGUGCAGUGGCAAGCAGAGGCAUCUGAUUCUACAGCAGUUUAUACACUUAUACCCAUACAGUAACGGGUAUAAUGACAAAACGUACAGUGGAAUCUGACAACCCUAUAUGCAUGCCUGUCUAAAUCAGUAGUUUCUAAAGCGGCACUGUUAGCCCCAUAUUAAAAAUGUCAUAACUAUAUAAUCUUUAUGAAAUACGUAUUAUGACUGUGUUGGAAUUUCACUAAAAUUCCAACCCAGUCAAGAGAUAUACAGAGAUAAAGUAGGGACUACUAUGUCUCUGUAUUUCUCCUCUGCCUGACACAAGGUGGAGCCCAUGUAUCAAUUGGCUGUGUCUAUGGAGGAUCAUGCAGUCAUUCACCACAAACCUCAAUGACAUAGUCUUGUGCAUGCGCGAAAGCACAGCAGUGACGUAUGCUCCUGGCGAGUUCAAAAGGAGCAGCGCAGCCAAGAUGGUGGUGCCCAUGAAGGACAGGUUCAGGUAAGUAAUCUCACCUUUACCUUCCCCCUCCCCUCCCCGGUCCACCAGCAGCGAUGUCACAGUCCCAAAACUGUGACAGUGCCACUUAAACCCCACAGUUAGGACCCCAGUUGGGUCUCAUGCUACUUUACGGAGUCCUCACCCACUUAAUGACACUAUAGGCACCAAAACAACUUUAAUGCAUGUGACAGGAUUUGGCCUCAUUAACAUGCCUUAUUUUUUGCGUGUUCAAAUAUACGUAUUUUCUGCCAAAGUAAAGUAAAUGUAUUGCUGCUCUCUAGGCUUUUUCAUUGAAUAAGACCCACAGGUAAAUCCCAGCCAAAUUGUUUUGUUUGGGUGUAGAAUAAAAGGAUUUUGAUUCAGAUGAACCUGUAGAAACUGAUUCUACUCACCCCAUCUCUCACCUUGUACCUAUGGUCUUCUUCCUGCACCAGGCUAUUAUAGCACCUUUUAGAAGACCAGUGCAUGUGUGUCAGGGAGAGAUUUAUAAUUCUAACCAGCAUUUCAGUUGCAAUCGCAAACUAAAAGGCCAGUUGUAAUCAUAUAUUUUGUUUGCCCCCAGUUUGGAGUGUCAAGGAGAGAAACGUUUGGAUGGAGGAGAGAAUAGAGGAGGCACUAAGAGCUGCAAUGCCUUGUGGGCUCUCAGCACUGAGGGGAAUAAGGGGUCUGUAAUCCCUGGCUUUGUGUGGAGGGGACUUUUUAAUGCCUUUGAACGGGAGAUCAGUCUGUCGUGUCUUAUCUCUCUGUCUUUGUACGUGUAUUAUUUGGGGUCUGUGGAUGUACAGUACAGUACUUUACAGUAGAUGUACUAAUUGCAAAUUGAAAUAGCCAGUGUUAUAAAUCACAUUUACAUGUGCUUUCAUAACCUCUACUAAACAGCAUUUUCACAGCCCAUGCUACAUUCCGUAACAGUGACAGUAAUCACAUUGUGCACAAAUUCUAACUGGCACUUCAGUCUGCAAUAGGUUAAGAGAGCAUUGCAAACUGAAAUAGAUUAUAUCUUAGAUGUGGGAGAUUUACUAACCGCUUGAAAUGAGUGACACUCAUAAAAAAGCAUGCUCUUCACACAGAUUGAUCUUCAUCCAGGAAGCCAGAUAACAUUUUAGUUCAAAAUCUCUGGCAAGCUGUUAUGUGCAGCAUGUCAGGGAAAAGGUAUUUUAAAAAAAAUAUAUAUAUAUAUAUAUUUUAGAAUUUCCAAAAAUACAGUGAAAUGUUGAUAAAUCAUAAGCAUUAAAAAAUUAUAAAGCUUGACCUAUAGAAUUCAUUGCAAGCACCAUAACCACUACAUACUACUGUGGUGGUUAUGGUGCUCGGAAUGCCCUGGAGUGUUCUUGAAUGGUUGGGCUUCUUAGCUGUGGUGUGCUGGGCGCCACUCCCCACCUCCACUAUUGCAGACAAAGAGCUUCUGGCGCCCUGUCUGAACUAAGCCUAGCACUAUAGGGCUUAGCUCAGGAGAUCUAACAGAAGCUCCUGUUAAAGAGCAUGUGGAUUUCCAUCGUCAGUAGGGGAGGUUGGGAAAGGCACCAGAUGGACCCCAGGUAAGAGAUCAAACCAUUCUAACACAGUUACAAUGGGUGGGCAGGUAUGCACUAUAACCACUACAGAGCAAUGCAGUGAUUAUGGUGCUUGGAGUGUUCCUCUAAUCCACACAUUACAUUCUAGAAGUCGUUUUUUGCAACAGUAAACUAAUUUCAAAGUAAUGCAAUACGUUCUGCGCAUUCAUACAUCAAAAGGGAAAUUUGUAACCACAAUAUGUUAUUAACUUUAAUAUUUAUAAAGUAUUUCAGAUAUGUAUUUCUGUAGAUUUUCAGCACACAUUGUUUUUUUCUUAUCCAUCUUUUUCACUAACUCUAUUUUUCAUUGUUUUUUUUCCUUUCAUUUGCAAACCUGUAUACUUCCAACCAUAGGUAUUCUGGGCUGUGUGAGCUGGUGAAUGUCAUGUUUCCUUCCCUGUCCUGCUCGAUCUCUGAUGUACACUUACCGGAAUUCAAUCACUUUUUAUACUGGAAGGACACUGUGGCCACCAUCGAUGAAGAUGAACUGGCAAUGCUUCUGUCUGCUCAGCUAUAAUCAUUAAAGAAAUAUUCGAAUGGGGGAAAAAAAUAUUUUUUACAGUUUAUUACAUAUACCCCCAAGAAAACAUGCAUGUAAAUAAUAAUUUUGUAUGUUUCUUUUGCGGAUAUAUACAAAUAUAGCUGCAGAUUUAGAAUCUGCAGCUACUGUAGGCCCUCCCCUUAUCCCCUGACACAAACUUUUCUCAUCAUUGCUGGAGAAUACCCAAUCAGAGGUUUCUAAUUGAGAAGCCUUGUGGAACAGCCGAGCAUGUGUGCAGCUGUCUAAUCACAGACUCCUCAACAAGUUGUAUUAAACACAUUGAGAAGUCUUUCAAAAGCAGGGUAAAUGCCAGAGACUUGAGUUUAGCUCCACGGAGCUAAACUUGCCAAACUUUACAACUGCCUGGCUGAUAACCGGGAGAUGCAAGAGGAUUCAUUAGGAGUUUCAUAUACAGAAACAUAAAAUACAGUUCCUAAUAUACAGACAUUAGGACCACACACCUCUCGCCUUCUCUUAAUACACAGGCAUCAGGACACCCACCUCCUCCUAAUAAACAGAUAUUAAGAAAAUGCAUAGUUUCACAGAUGACCAAUAUUAGGUUUAUUUCACUCCAGCAAAAUAUUUUAAUUUCUAUUGAACCUAGAAAACAGCAAUACACGUUAUAUUUCUCAGGACCAUUAACAACCAAAAUAAAAAAUACAAAACAAAUCACAAUCUUGUUUCCGGCUGCUGUUACCUUUUACAGUUCAUAUUUAAAAAUAAUGUUAAACAUCUUUAAAAAAAAAAAUAACAUAACAAAACAGAGACACACAGGAUUACCGUCAUCAGGCCUGCAUUUAUUUUUUGUUAUGUGUCUAUAAAUUGUCAAAGAUUUGGCGGUGGUAAUGUUGAUAUUGGCAGGAGAACCAGUGCGGGAGUGUCAAUCUGCAUCCUAGACAUCUCUCCUCCUGCCAGAGGUUUUACAGUUUUUCUGCAUACCACUAAAUUUCGCAACAUUUCAAGUGGUAUCCUGAAAACACUGUGUUCUUAUGGCUCUCCAAUUUAAAACUCCUGUAUCAGAAAAAUAAUUUCAUAGCCCAUCUGUCCACGAAUGACCAUAUCAUCUUUAUGAUAUAAUUAUGUUGCCAUUUAUUUAAGACAGUCGUGCGCAAUAUGAUCAAUAGAACAAAGAAUAUAUAGAAUGGGCAAUACGGGGGCAAAGUUUUAAGUGGAGUAAUCGGUAAGAACAUCCCGUUGAUUUGCGGAGGGAUUGUUCAGCUUUUCGCAAAAUUGCUUCUUAUACUUAGCCCCCAUAGUGUUUAGACCAAGUAACACAAUUCAGUCUUCAAGCACGGCUGAUAAGAUUUGAAAUCCCUGCUGUAUAAUUUUAAUACAAUUUAAAUAAAAUGAUGUCCCCGACCAUGGGAUAAGACACCGAGCUGAUCAUUUACUUUCAAUGCAGUUUGUAUUCAAAUGUUGGCUACCAUUCGUUAAAAAAAAAAAACUUGAUCUUUUCAUGACUGGUGGACUGGUUUCAUGACUAAAUUGUCCUCAGUGGGAACUGUGCUAAUGCAGGAAUACCUCAAAACUCAAUGUGUGCCUUGCAGACCUAGGUUAAAAACACUGAAAUGUAUAAACGUGAAUUAACAUAAUAAAUUCUCCGCAAGAAGGACAUUAGUAUUUUAACUACUUAAAUUGCCAGCACCAAAAGUUCUAAAUGGGAAGGAGGUGAUUAUCAAGGCAAAAUACGUGCUAUUUUGGGUGUAAACUACUAACUGUUAAGAAAUAUUGUCAUGGUGAUUGCUCCUUAUUUAGCACUUUACCCCAACCAACAGCUGUUUUUGACUUCUUAAAUCUCCUCCUAAAUAUUCAUUUUUGCAGACAAAGGAAAAGGAUAUACCUGGGAUUUUAUAUAAAAUUAGACAAUUUGCACAAUUAUUCAAAGUUAGAAUUCAAGGGGAAAUAAGAGUUAAUUUCAAAUUCAAAUUUCAAAGGCCAUAAAUUUGAAAUUAUUUUGGAAUCCACUUUGAAUUCAUACUUUAGUGAAUAACUUUGCUAGCCAACAUAUACCUUCAGUGUUCUGCAAUUCCAACAGAGUCCAGAAGGUGGCGGAAUAGGCUCGUGGAUUAAUGACUAGAUAUGACAGUCCACAACAGCAGUAGUGCCAAAAGUUCAUCAUUGGUCUAAAAAGUCUAAAGAGUUUCCCGUGAUACUAAGCCAAGCCGAAUGACUCAUACAGUAAGUAGCAGAACAGAGCCACGCUACAAGCUUCUACAAUACCCAUAAUGGUUAGCCAAACGUGUCACUAACUGAGCAGCGGCAGAUUAUUACUAGUCAUUCAAUUAAGCAUUGGAAAGAAAACCUAGCGAGGAACAGGCACGUAUCUGAAAAGGGAUUUUUACAAAAGCAAAUGUACAAUCAAUGAAAAACCUCGCUAUAAUAUUAUACUAUAUAUAUUACAGCGAGGUUUUAUAAUAUAAUAAUAAAGGCCCGUUGUUGCCAUGCAUGCAAUUAUUUUUCUUUGGUCAAAUCCAUCAAAGAAGAAUUAAUCUCAGGCAUAUCAAUAGUCUAGUGCAUUGAUUCUGAACCCAGGAUCUAGUGAUUACUCAACUCUGUUCCAGUGGGGAUAUCGUUAAAAUACCAAUCACAAGUGGUCCCUGAUUUUGGUUGAAAAACCAUUAUCUUUUUUUGUUUUGUUUUUAUUAAAAAAAAAAAAAAUCAAGGUUAUGCCAAUAAAUAAUACUGUUACUGCAAAAUGUUGUUCUCAUGCCUCUGCGGCAGAUAGACGUGGGAUCGCAACUUGGAAUUUUUUUUAAUCUUGUUUAACCCCUUAAGGGAAUCAUGACAUGUCACACAUGUUAUGUGUCCUUAAGGGGUUAAAUAAAAGCCCAAGGCUGGCUGAGUCCAAACAUCACUGGUUUGCAACAGCGCUAUGGACUAAGGGGUAGCUGUAGGUUUAAAACACUACAUGACACCAUGAUGAGACGGUAUACAAUCGCCUGCAAAGUCUCACGUGUAUUAAAUGUAGCAUUGCUUUUCAGAAAAUCAAGUCAGAUCUCCCUGGUAGGUUAAUAAUGCCCAAGCACCAAAUGUCUCCCUGCACUCCCACUGUCUUUGACACAGCCACAGGCCUUUACGCAGGGUAUGGAAUAGUCACAUAGCUGCCCCAGAACCAAAGGAUCAAUGCCCAUUAUACAUUGGAUAUCCCCUGCGUGCCCUCUGGGCCUUAUGUAUUUCAAAGUUUAUCUCCACCUUAAAAGGCAUUGGUUCCUGAAGCUUUCUCAGUUUUUACAGCUUUUACUUCCUUCAGCCUCAAGUGCUAUUUCCUUCCAGAGGUGGAUUGAGUGCUUGGUGAUGGCUGGAAGUUUGAUACGUCUUGAGUGAUUUUACCCAGGUCAUGUCUAAGCGCUAUUAGACCAUGCUCAUGGGCUGCCAGAGUACUAUUGACAUGGUCCAGAUAACUAAACAAAGUUUCCUCCUGUCCUCCACAAGUGCUCUCCACCUGUGAAACUCUUCGUUCAAAUUGGGCUACUUCCCCUUGCAGUUCCCGAGCUACGUGCUGACAGCUGCCCAACUGCCCUGCAAGCCGUGCCUUCAUCCUUUCCAUGUCUCCUCGCAGUCCAAGCAAUUGUGCCCUGCCGGAACGGAUUUGGGAGCUCUGCCCUUCCACUUGAUUAUGAAUUACAUGAAUUUCCUCAUUUAGCCUGCUCCCUCGUUCCUCUGCAGUGGAGUUAACCUGGAUGACAGUAUCUGCAUACCUAGUAACAGUCUCCUCGAGGCCAUGCAGAGAACGUCCUACAUUCCGCAGGUUAACCUGUAAUAGUGUGAUCUCACCUUGCAAGGCUUCUUCCUGCUGUCUUUGUAGCUGCCUUUUGAUGCCCACAAUAGUGUUAUUGAGGUGACCCAUUUGAGAUCGGAGAUCCUGAUUCUGCUCUUGACACUUUGCAAGAUCACUGUGGAUCUCCAGCAGGGAAUCUCCAUUAGGUAUUGAACAUCCAGCAGCACAAAGGUCCUCAACUGCAGCAAUCCUGUUUUCUAAACCUGCUAAGCCUUCCAUACCUUCCUUCUUUAAACCUAUAAGCUGGGCUUCAAGUAGUGGCAUUACAGCCCCAUCCACAGAGAAUGGUGUAGAAGCAUUGCUUAGUUCUCCCACAGCAGUGAGAAGUCUCUCUUCCAAUAUUCUCAGUUUGUCAUCCACAGAGACUCUUACUCCAUCCAAUUCUGUAAGUAUCUCACUUUUCUCUCCUCCCUCUUGACAGCACCUCAUAAUACCUUCCUCAGUGAGAUUGAGCCUUCCUUCCACUUCCUCCAAUCUUACACUAAUUUGAGGCUCCAUCACAAGCCUUGUCAACUCCAUAUCAAACCUCUGGCUCAAAGCAUGAUGCUCUUCUGUUAGCUGAUGCAUUCCACGCUCUAGUUCAUCCACCCGUCUGCUUAGAUCAUCCAAACGUCCACAGCAGCCCUCAGGAGCACUAAGCCCCUGCACUCUGGCAUUUAAUUCAGACAUUUCCUCUCUCAUCUUUACUUCACGCCCAUCCAUUUCCUGCUGCAUUUUCUGCCCCGAUGCAUAAUCUCCAUCCUGGCAUUCUUUUCUCGCUGCUUCAACCUUGACAUCACAAGCACCUUGGAUCUUCUGCAAACGUGCUUCCAGUCCAUCCAGAAGCUGUGCACGGGACUCUGCUAACUUGCCCUCUAGAUAUUGCUCAAGCAAUUCAGUAGAAGUGAGUGGAGAAGGCCUUGCAGCCUCCAGUAGGUGUUGUAGCUGUGCUUCAUGUCCCAUCACCAUACCAUUCACCUCCUCUAGCAACUCUGUUUUGGAACGUAGAAUUUCACUGACCUCAGCCACUCGACCUGAAAGGUCUCCAGUUACGUGUGGGGCUUCAGCUAGAGUAUCAGAGAUUACCCCGAAUCCAACUGAAGAAUGUGAUGAGGAACUUGGUCCACUCACUAGGGAACCAAUCAUCUUGCUUGUGUCCUCCUGGAUUGUGAGACGAAGUGAAUCCCCAAGGCUGUUCACCACUCCCUGUAGGCUCUCAUAGGACUGAGAUAGUCUACGGACCUCUUCUUCCACUCGUUCCAGACGUUCUCCAAAAACAGGAGACAACUUUCGACCUUGUUGGGAAAUAAGAACAAAGUCUUUGAGAAACACAUAAAACAACAGCAAUUAUUUAUUUUAUUUUUGUUGCUAUUUACGUGCCUAA